CGGGGCCGCUGGGAGUAAGCAGUUUGGGUUGCGUGGGCCCUGCUAUUCCUUUCCACGGGCGCAGUCGGUAACGGUUAGAGGUGCCAGGAGGAGGAGGGAGCCGGGAGGUAAGUCCCCUCCCCACCCCCUCAGUAUACCGCCUGGCACUGACUGGGCCCAGGAGCUUGCAAUCUAUCUGUCCCUGAUAUACAUGGCUCCUGGAACUUGCAGUCUGUCUGUCCAUGGCAGCCAGGGACCCUGGAGCUAGCAAUCUGUCUGUCCCUACCCUCCAGGGUGCCCAGGAUCCAGUCAUCAACCUGUCCCUGGCAUCAGCAGUCCCUGGGACCAUGUCAUCUAUGUGUCCAAGCCAUACAGGGGCCCCAGGAGCUUGCAAUCUAUCUGUCCCUGGCCAGGAAGGGGUCGGAGGAGCUUGCAAUCUAUCUGUCAUUGAAUUCUAGGAGCUUGCAAUCUAUCUGUCCCUGGCCAGGAAGGGGCCCCAGGAGCUUGCAAUCUAUCUGUCAUUGAUUCCAGGAGUUUGCAAUCUAUUUGUCCAUGCCAUCCAGGGCCCUCAAGAGCUUGCAAUCUAUCUCUCCCUGACAUCCAGGAGCUUACAAUCUGUCCCAAGCAUUCAGGGUCCCACGCCCUUGCAAUCUAUCUGUUCCUGGCAAUCAGGAGUCAAGGAGCUUGCACGCUAUCUAUCCCAGGCAUUCAGUGGCCCAGGAGCUUGCAAUCUAUCAGUUCCUGGCAUCCAGGAGCCCAGAUGCUUGCAAUCUAUGUGUCUCUGGCAUUCAGGAACUCAGGAGCUUGCUUCUUGUCUGUCAAUGCCAUCCAGGCCCCUAGAAUCUAGCAAUUUGUCACUAUUAUCCAAGGCCCUUAGGAACUUGCAAUCUAUCUAUCCCCUGCCAUGGCAUUCAGGGGCUCAGAAGCUUGCAAUGUAUCUGUCCCUAACACCCAGGAGCUUGCAAUGUCCCUAACAUCCAGGGUUCUCACAAGCUUGCAGUCUAUCUGUCCCUGACAUUCAAGGACCUAAGAGCUUCUAGUCCCUCUGGUCCUGCCAUCUAGGGCCCUAACAAGCUUGCAAUCUAUCUGUCCCUGGCAUUCAGAGGCCUCAGGAGCUUGCAUCCUGUCUGUCACUGCCGUUCAUGCACCACAGAAUCUAGCAAUUUGUCACUAACAUUAAGGCGCUCAGGAGCUUGCAGUCUAUCUGUCUCUGAUAUCCAGGGCUCCCAGGAGAAUGCCUUCUAUCUGACAUCUUUAGUCCUCCUGGUGCUUCCAAUGUUUGUCGCUUUUAUUGGCUCUAGGUCCUUAGUCUGUUUCUCAAAGACAUACAGUGCCCAGGAACUUGCAGUCCGUCAAGGAAGUUCAGGGCCUCCUGUAGUUUUCUAAGCUGGUCACAUCCAUUGCAGUCUAUUUAUUUGCAAACAUUUAGUAUAUCUAGAUAGAAGUUUAUAAUCGUGUGGGCCACAGAGGCUUGGGUUGAAUCAUUCCUUGAGAUCUCUGGGUCCUUAAAUGUUUGUCACAGACAUCUAGGUUCUCAUACAGCUUGUUCUAUGUCACUGACUUAUAGGGACCCUAGGAGAUUGCAAUUUGUCACUGACAUUCAGUGUCAAUGGAAGCCUGAGAUCUGUCACUAACAUUCAGGGGUUCAAAAAACUUGUAAACAAUGUGUCACAGGUAUGCAGUCCCCACAGAAAUUUGUCAGUGGUUUAUACGUGAGUGUCAUGCCAUGUUGAUUAUAACCUCUUACUGUUUAAAAGUAACACUAUGCAGGUUUCUCAUUCACUGGGCCAUUUUAUAAGUAUGGAGAUCCAUUACCACUAAUGGAUAGUGAGUCUGGUGGCCUUUGGCCAGGGUUAAGCAACACCUGGCACGCUUUUGUGGACAUUUGUUGUAACGUGACAUACGGACUACCUUCACUUUUAUAAUUCAAUAUGCACAAAAUGCUUUAAAUAUAGAUUCCAAAUACAAACUACAUAACCUGUUAUUUUUUAAUUUUCUUUAUUGCCAAUAUUGAUUAUAUUUAUUCGGAAGUGGCUGUUUUCGUAGCCAAGCCUGGUCCAUUUUUAAAAAAAAUUUUUUUCAUCUGUACAAUUGUUUAGCAUAUACAUUUAACCUCUGGUCUAUAGGCUAAGUAGUUCUGCAGUCAGCAGGAGUUUCAUUCAUGAAAAAUAUAAGUGAAUCGACUCUGCAAGAUAAUCAAAGCCUCAUUGUUCCAGAAAACCUUAUUUUGUUUUAUGCAGUUUGAGAUCCCAAGUAGUGAGGGUAUGUAUGCUUCCCUGGCUAUUGUUCGUGUCAUAUCGGUACUGCAAUAUUGCCUUCCAUCGUUCUUAAAUCACGUGUCCGUUAUAAUCCCUCCAGCACUUGCAUUACAGCUUCCAUCUUGUUAUUCUCACAAAGUUCUGUAAAUUCCUUUCCAGUGUUUUAUUGGGGAUAAGGCCAAAAGGGAGAUCGCUAGCUGUUGAACUACAAAUUAGUUGAUGCUUUGUCCUCUGUUUAAGUUCUGGUUCUAUAAAUGCUUGGGUUUAACAUUUGACCACCUCUAUUUUGGAUAUAUGACUGGGCUGGUUGGUGGUGGUAUGCACUGGCCUAGCAAAGACACAGGUUAUAGUUCAAGCUGAGCUAGUCCUUUGCCAGCACUCUCACCACAGUCUUGGUUUUAUGAAAUUGUCAUUGUCAAUAUAGCUCAACAAAGCAGAGAGUGAGGUGUAUCAAACCAUUCCUUAAUGGUUUAAAGGCUAAAUAUGUCUGUGACCUUUAGCAAAAAAAUUUUGAGGGCAGAUUAUUUUUUUUUUUGUGAGACUAUUAUUGUCUACCUUGUUGACAGAUGUUCAUCGUUGAAACAGUCAUAUGUAAGUGUUUUUGUUCUGAAAUGAUGGGCUGUUAGGUUUAGCUAUACAGUUUUUAGUUGAUUGCAACAUUUUGGACAAAGCAGACACGUUGGGAAUGUCAAGGACCUGUUUGCCUUCCAUUUUGUCAAUCUAUUGCUGUCUGGGGUUUAGGUCUGUCUUUAUGAUAUUAGAUGAUAAAAGUCAAGAUGCCUGCUGGCGUCUUCCACGAUCUCUUCCAUUCCAGUGCUUCUCAUAAAGAAGUAUUGGUGGACAAGAUACGCACGAGUGUCGAAACACUGCACUCCUAUAAUCAAAUGCUACUGUAAGCAGAGUUUAACUCUGUUCUGGAGGAAGAAGCACCUCUAAUGGCUGACAGGAGGAGAGCCGCUAGAUGUGUAUUUAAUCAUUCAAUGUAAACAUUGCUGCGCCUACAUGAUGGUAAUGUUAUACAUUGUAUAGUUGAAUAUGACAGGACCUCUGAGAGAUUGGUCUGGGUGACUUUAGUGGUCCUUUAAAGCAGCCCUGUCACCCCCACCCACCCCAAUCUAAAAUAAGUAUUUCACAAUGAUAACAUUUUUAUGAAUUUUUUUUUUUUUUUGCUUGGCAAAAGGUGAAUUACCUUUUGUCUAGUAGUCAUCACAAGUGGCUGCUGAGGUGAAAAGGCUCUGUCUAUAGAGCAUCCCCCGAUCUUGUUAGAUUAUCCAUAGACCUCAGUGUUGUACUCUCGCUCAUGUGUGAGCGUACAACAGUGAUGUUAGCUCUUGGCUGCUGAAGAGGACUGGCAGGAUAAAGAAGGCGGUGGCCACCAGGGACAAGUCCAGGUAAGUAUAACUAAGCUUUUCCUGCACCCCUCACCCACUGUAUUGCCAGUGGUGCAGUCACCAUCUGGGCCUUUGCAAAUUAUGUAAAGAUCCCAGCCUGCGACAGGGCCACUUUAAGAACAAAAUAGCCAAAUAAAAGACAAGAAUCAUCACAGCUUUUUAUGUAAUGGAGCUAUUUUCUACUCAAAUUUGCAAUUUUCUUAUUAAUUCUCUUUAGGUCUUUUGAACUACAUUCACACAGUUAUUCACAAAAGCUGAAACCGCUAAGCUGAAAACUUUUCUUACUUUGGUCUUAAAUAUAAAAUAUUUUUCCAAUUAAAUUUGAAUUCUAGACAAUUCAGACUUUAGGGAAUAACCAUGUUAUUAAGCUGGUAAUUGACCAAAAAACCUUAACAUAUUUUUUUUGAGGCUAAAAUCUUCAAUUCUUUUAUCAGUGCUCUUUGAUUCCGUGAUCAUAGAAUAAAUACCUUUUUGUCCAUAUAAGUAAACUAAAACAUCCAGUGGAUAUUUAUAAAGAUGAACAAGAGCGCCAGUGUUUUUAUUUGUCAUGGUCAAGGCCUUCUGGCUGUUCCCAGGCACGAAUGUUUACUGUCAUGAUGGGCUUUUUCGGUUUGUUUGUGCUUAUGUGUGCAUGUGUAAAUGUACUUAAAGCUUUCAUAUACAGUGCCAGGCAUUCUCCCUGCUCCUUUCUAAAGAAGAAUUGGGGCCUAUUGAACAUUCUACACAUUCGCUCACAGCAUUGCAUAUUUCUCAUUGUGAUGGCAAAUGUGACGACUUUCAGAUAUAAAGAAAGGAAAAAUGGAAAACUCCAUUAAACUUACUUGUAAUCCAGUGCCAAAGUAGACUCUUCUAAUUUGCUUGCUUUGAAAUGAUCAAAAUUUUAUCAUCUUUAAACAUUCAAGUUUUGGUUUUAUUAUUAAUUUAUUUUGUUAGGUUAGAAGGGCAGAUUCAUGGACGCUUGAAAAUAAUGUGCGUACAGGUACUAGUGAUGUAAAUCUAGUCCUGGUUAAUAUGUAGUGAUUUUGGUGAUUAGUGUUCUUUUAAAGUGAAUUUGUUGCCAUAUUAAGUUGAUUUUAUGAACUAGCUUGAAUUUUAGUUUUAUAUCUGGUUAGGAAGACUAUGUAGUGUAUUUUUUAUUCACUUUUGUGUGUUUUUAUAACGUUGUCAAAGUGAUGAACAGUUUUUUAUGAGGAGGUGGAUACAUGUAUUGCGCAAGAUCACUUCUGCAAUCCACACCACAUGCCAAGCAGAGCGCUGUGCAAUGUCUUGAAAAACUGCUUUUUGUUAAAACGUGUCAUCUGGCUGUUUCUUAAAAACUGCAGUGUUUUAUAUCGCAGGGUUACAAGGACAGGAGCACUGCACUAUACUGCACAGUAACAUAAAAUGCAUGCACAUUUCAAUUAAAGAGAUAAAGACCUCUGCCAUACCGCUAAGAAACACUCCAAAAAGAGUAAUUCACUAAACUUUUAGAGAAUUAAAAUUAAGGCUGAUAUUGAAACCUUCGACAGUUCAGCUAUAGUCACAACUAUAUAUAUAUAUUUUUUUUUAAUAAUUCUUUAUUUUGGUUGUGCAUGGCAAGUUACAUCAGUUUGGUAGUCUUUACAGAAUAUCAGGAAAAUAGAUUAGUUUUUAAAUUUCAAGAAAAGCAAUCUGCACACUUUUUUUUUUAAAGUUGUAACAAGCUUAGACAAGGUGAAAGAUCAGGUGAAGUACAGUGCUGCUUUGCAAGCAUGCAUAUCAGACAAAAUCAUAACAAAUUAAAACAACACCAAUGAGUAAGAACUAUGAGUAGUACCAUUGGGUGCCAGCCGCAGUAUUGUGUGUGUUGUGUAACUAACUUCUAGACAUUAUUGCCUUAAGAGCAGUAUAAUAUAAAGAGCCGGCUAAACUGAGGACGGACAACUUGACUGUUGUAGCCCCAGUUCUUACAUUUGGAUUUAAUUCACUAAAAUCUAGAGUUUAGCAAAGAACACUUUAAGGGACAUGCUAAAAUGAGUGAUCCCUAGGGCCAGUUUUCAUACCUUUUCUAUAGUACAUCAAUUAUUUUAUGGGGGUAUAAUUUCUCAGUAAAGCUAAUCUAUGUGAAAAGGAAACAAAAUUAUAGAUUUUUUUUUUUUUACCUGGUAGUAGAAUAUCAUAGAAUUUAACCUUGAAUAGUCAAAGAAAUAGAUUCAAAAUGUAAACCUUUUUGACAGUUAAAUAAGUUUAUUAAAUCAAUCAAAAAAAAAAAUCUAUUAUAUUGUAUAUGUUCAUGAGUAGUUUGUGGCAUCGUGUGUGAUACAUAUGAAUGUGGGCUGUGUUUGGGGGCUGCUUGUGGAAUUUUGUUCGGAUAAAUAUUUCACAUUGUGUGUGGGUGGAUAUGUCACAUUGUGUUUGGCAGUGUGUGUAUGUGUGGGGCUGUUUGGGGUAUUGCAUGUGAGAGGCUGCUUCUGGAGUUGUGUGCAUGUAUGUGGAUUGUUAGUGGUGUUGCGUUUGUGCGGAUUGUGUGUGGGCUGUUCGUAUUAUUUGUAUGAGGGGAGAGUAAAUUUGCAGCUCUGUGUAUAUCUAGCAGUGUGGGUGGCUUCCCUGGGUUCCAGUGGGGACCAGGCUGGCCAUAUACAUGUUAAGGACAGGAGCUGCAAUAGCAGCUACGGGCUACUCUACUACAGUGUGGAUUCCCAUUCACAAGUGCUGGAAUUAAGUGAUCUGAAAUCACUUUCUCUAUGUGCUGCAGUGCAUGAAUUGAGGAUUGUACUUCACCACCUUUUUUUUUAUUGGCAGAUAUUGGAAGUUUUACUGGGACUCCUGAUAGGACAGAGAGGCCUGUUUGGUUCUAGCAGCCUUAAGUGCAGUGCAUGGCACAUGUAUCAUAGGUUGCCUACCCCUGGACUAGAUGCUCACACGACCAAAUUGCAGAAUUGGAAAAAUUAUCCAACUCGACUGUUUUCAGUGUGUGUUUUUUUUUGGCCUCAAAUUUAAAAUUCAUUGUUCCUGAUCAUUCACACUUUAGUGAAAAUACCAUGCAUAUCUCAAUAAAUCUUGGUGCUCUGUGUUUUCUGGAAAGAGUGCUCCUUUUGAAAACACUGGAAGGAGCAGGAUUGAGUGAGAAAUCUCAAAACAAUUUCUGGCAUAAAAUUUGCAGUUAGUUGGUGAAUUCCCAACAAUUGGUGAAUAACCCAGUCAGCAUUGUUCUGUAUUUGUUUGUGUAUGUCUUUGUUCCUUCUGUGUGAGCUUUGAAUGGGAAUGUGCUGUGUAAUGAUUGUGACCAUUAUUAACUCUGUCUAUACCUUCUUUGAAUAUUUGGUUUCCCAUGUGAGAGUCACGCGGUCAAGUUACUCUGUGAGUUGAGAGAGUGAAUGAUUUAAUAAAUUGAAAUUGCUUCAGGCAAAUGAAUUGUAGCUAAUGUAUCAUCUCCUCCUCUGUUGUUGGAUUCUAACUCCCAAAACACUGUAUUUAAAGGUAGUUGCUGCUUGGGAUCUGUUUAAUGGUCAGGGACUCAGGGUGAUUCCCUACAGAAAGUAGUCAAACUGUUUUAAGAAUGAUUUGCCGCUGCUUUCUCUGCCCAUUGAAGCUCCUGAACUGCGCUAAGCCGCAAACGCAUUGGCUAAGCGAGUGUUACCUGACACUCUUGGAAGAUGAGGAAAACGCCCAACGGUUAGAUGGAUUGAUUAUUUAUGAAGUGGGGUCUCUUUCCCCUGACAUUUUUUAAUGUUUUCUCUUUUUAGACUUUUACUACACGUCCGCCUAGACUGUGAGUUUGUUUACGCGAUGCUCUCUACACCAGACCUUGACAAAUUUGCUUUCCAUCAUGGAGCCAGCUAAAAAGUAAAGACAGGUUGUUUCCCCCCCCCCUCCCCCCCGAAGACUAAAAUACAAUUGUUAAAGCAACACUAAAGUCAACAGAAUCACUACAGCUUAAUGUAAUGGCUCUGGUGUAUAUAACAUGUCCUUGCAGACUUUUCAAAAUAAAUGCUGCCUGUUUAGAGAAAAGGCAGUUUUUACAUUGCUGCCUUGUAACACCUCUACUGGCUGUCUCUCGCAGAUGGCCACUAAAGUGUCUCUUAUCUCAGUGCUGCACAAUGUGCAACUCCUACAUUCCGCAUCUUCAUGCUUUUUUGCAUGGAGGUGCUGAAUGUUCCCCAUAGAGAUGCUUUUAAUUGAUUUAAUGCAUCUCUUUGAGGAGAUGCUGAUUGGUAAUUGAUAAUCUCGGCUACGGAGGCGGGCCAGCUGCAGCGAGACCGGCACAGCGCUGGAAAAAAGAUGGGUAAAAACAUAUUUCCCAUGCGAUCAGAGUGGGCUAAUGACCAAAACAUACACACUGACAGAGAGAGAGAAAAACACACACACUUUCUCACACACUCACAAAGUAUUAUUUAUUAUUAAAACACUCAAACAUAAACACACACAAACAAACUCGAACAUUCAUUCAUACACACAGACAAAUACACAAACAGUUAUACACACAUUACAAAUACACAGAAAUGUAAGAAAAAAAAACAAACAUACUGUUUCCUACCUUUUGGGCUUGGCAGUGUGGCUUCCCUGAGGUCCAGUGGGACUGGGCAGAAGCAGGUGGCAUCAUAUUAGUGGGGCUGGCUGCAACUGAUGGGAACUGGCUGCCGCUGUUCCAGACUCCCUCAUUUCCCCUUUUCUCUGUGCGCUGGGAGGAAGUGAUGGGAACUGUAAUAACUUCUUCCCGGCCUUGAGGUCACGCAGGGAAAGGGCGGGCAAGCGGCAUGGGACCAGGAGGCGGCCAGAAGCAGAGUCAGCUAUGCGGCAUGGGGCGGGGAGCAGGGCCGUCUUUACCUUGUGUCCUGCUGGGUUAGCUUGCCGUUCCUCUGCACCAGGAGAAAGUAAUUACAGUUCCCUUAACUUCCUCCUAGCGCACAGAGAGCUGCACAGGGAUUGUGACAGGAAGAGGAGGGAAUGGGCUGACCAAUCACCUGGCGCCUGGGAUUUGACGAGCCCUGCUCUACAUCUUGUAUCUGUCAACAUUUAUUUUGUUUGUCAAUUAUUUGCAGUUAUAUAUGCACACUUAAUAACUGUAAAGCUUUGUGGAAUACGGUGCUGCUAAAAUUAUAUCAGAAGAAGUGGUUUUAUUAGAGUCUGUACAGAUGUUUAAAAAGCAACUGGAUGCAUACUUGCAAAACAGAAUAUUCAAGGAUAUAAUUUUUAAAUUGUAGUGUAAUAGCUUCUUGAUCCAAUUCUGGUAUCAAGAAGGAUUUUUUUUCCUCGAGCGUUGCAAAAUUGGAAGUGCUUCAUAGUGAAAACAGAUGUGAGGCUGAACUUGACGGACACAUGUCUCUUUUCAACCUAUGUAACUAUGUGACAUUUCUCCCAACAAUCCUGACUGGGUGGGUGCCCUGAGGGUGCAUCCUCUGUGAGGUAACCUGUGCCACUAGAGAUGCCCAUAAUGAGUGGGUAUACCCGAAAAGGUAGCAGACCCAGCCACUGAGCGGCAGCCUGGCCACCCCCAGCCUUUAGGACCAUACAGGGAAUGCUGCUAAGCCUGGUGUCUUAGAUGUUGGACACCAGGGAACUAAAGUAGGACUGCCAGACAGGACUCUUAUCUUGGAACAGUCACUCUGGAAGCGGGACUGUUAGGAGGCCUGUAUAUAUAAAAAGUUUAUUUUAUAUUUUUUUUACUCAUAUGCUAAGUAUUGCUCACAUUUUAAUACACGUUAAAGCAACAAAAGAGAGAGACUUGUUCUCUACAUUUUCCAGCCAUGUGCUGUGAUAUUUCAAAUAAUCCCCUUCAUCUGUUUCCAUGGAAUCAGUGACAAAAUAAUUAUCUUUUUGUAGGCUGAAGUGACACAGGCUUGUUGUAUUUUUGAGGCUUAAGUCUACAUGUUCAGUGUGAUGUGUUUUUUUUAUUUUAGAAUAGAGAUUACGAGCCGUUUUGCUCAAGAGGGUUAUGUCAAAGGAAAAUUAGUGUUUAUUUCCUAUGCUGCGGAAAAGCCAGCUCUGAAUUCCUCUGUCAUAACUUCUCUCCUUUUAUUAAAUGAUCUAUACCUCUGUUAUAACUGCUGUGCAUGCUUGGAUAUUGAUAUUAAAAUACUGAGCUUUAGAAAGGAAUGGGUGAAUCCCAUUUACUGCUGAAGCCCAUACUGUACCACGCGGUACAUACACGGUCUAAUUGUCAUGUAAAAACAAUCACCAUGACUGUUCACUCAGAAUUGUGACUAGCGAACCUAGGGUGCUUCAGGGUUUCAGUACAUUAAGAACUACCAUGAUCUGUUAAAGUCUAGAAUUUAUUCGUUAUUCCAGCCUGUCGCUGAAUUUUACGGGGGCAAAUACAACCAAGAAAUUUUAUUUUUAUAUCUUCUUAACAUAGCUAGUAGAACUACACAAUUUAUAACUGAGUUGGAGUUAUUUUUCCUCAAAUUAAUAUUUUGGCAUUCAUUUUGCCGUUUGUUCUUUCAGUUGACUGAACCACUAAAACUCUAGAUCAGGACAAAGAAGAUCCCAGUUGUAAUAGAACAAAAAAAAUGGUGAUGAAAAGUUAUAUUUCCUUAUAUGACAGUCCUAACCUUUUAUUGCUGUGCCAUCAGAGGUCACAUUCAAUCUGUUGAUUAUAAUUGUAACUAUAUUGUUACAUCUGAAAAGCAUGGCAUAUUUUUGUUACGUGCAAAUAUGGUUUCCUCAUGUCAUACAACUCCUGUGUGAUUUUUUUUUUUUACCAGUUUGUCAAAACAUUGAAAACAUCUUAAAAAAAAAAAAAACUUCUUGCACCACAUUAAAGGGACACUAUAGUCACCAGAACAACGUUAGCGUAAUUAAGCAGUUUUGGUGUACAGAUCAUGUCCCUGCAGUCUCACUGCUCAAUUAUCUGCCAUUUAGGCGUUAAAUCACUUUGUUUAUGAACCCUAGUCACACCUCCCUGUAUGUGACUUGCACAGCCUUCUUAAACACUUCCUGUAAAGAGUCAUCUAAUAUUUAUCCUUUCUUUAUUGCAAGUUCUGUUUAAUUUAGAUUUUAUUAUCCCCCUAUGUUAAUAGCUUGCUAGACCCUGCAAGAACCUCCUGUAUGUUAAAUAAAGUUCGAUUUACAAAGAAAGAGAUACAAUUGUUUUAAAGUAAAUUACAUCUGAUUGAAAGUAAAACCAUUUUUUUUUUCAUGCAGGCUGUGUCAAUCAGAGCCAGGGGAGGUGUGACAAGGGCUGCAUCAAGAGAAACAAAGUGAUUUAACUCCUAAAUGGCAGUGAAUUGAGCAGUGAAACCUGAGAAGCAUGAAGCAUUAAGCCAAAGUUGUUUAGGUGACUAUAGUGUUUCUUUAACUACUCGUCACUUAAUUCUUUGCCAUGCAUUUAUUCACGAGAUGUGCACAGAGCUGUGUUGGGAGGGCUAGGAUUGGUUUAAUUGUCAAAACAGUUCUUGAUCUAAUGACCAAUGACAAUUGGAGUUAAUAAAUGCUAUAAAGAGCUGGGUCCCUUUAAUUCCCUGUGCCUGGUAAAGUGGUAGUAACAUACUCCACCCUCCGUGUGCACAAGGCUAAUUGACGUGUAUUUUUUUUUUUUUAGUUGAACUCCAAGAUGGGUAAGAAGAGUAGAGUGAAGACUCAGAAGUCUGGGAGUGGAGCCACAGCGGCCGUUUCCCCAAAAGAAAUGAUGAAUUUGAUUGGUGAACUGUUACAGAGUAAGUAUUCAGUAAGACUUAGUCAGACACCACAAUCUGAGAGCUGUGUAUCCACUUUCUCUGAUCAUUCUGCUGUUUCACACUUAAACAGUCAUCCCCUGCUACAAUUGGAAUAUGAAUGUAAACGUGAGAUGAUGGUUUCAGCUGUUUUGUCAGCUCUGACACAAACUUACAUUAGGUACUUAUUAAUAGAACAUCCAUAGGCAACAAAACAGCCAUGCCUUGAUAGAGCAUCUUGAAGCUAAUUAGCAGUAGCAGUAAAACAUUAGUCAGCAUACAAGUAUGCACAGACAUACACGUACAUACUCUCUAAUUCCUGAGUAAUUAAAUCCAUGGGAAAUUGUAAAAUCAGUAAAUUUAGAGAUAUAUUUCUAAAGGACUUUACUGAAUUCGCUGGGAGGCCAGGUAAAGGUGAGUUCUACUUACCUGAACCUGUCCUUCACAGGUGUGACGAUCAUCCUCCUGUGGUCCUCUUUAACUCCUGUCGACAACAGGAGCUGAAGCUUUAGUACUUUACUCUCAUGCAUGUGCAAGAGUACAGCAUUGAGGUCCUGCGGAAUCCUCCAUAGACUGGGCCAAUUCCCUGCAGUCAUCACUGGUGACGGCUCUCUGGAUUGACACUGCAUCUCCACCCAGAGUGUAAGAAAGUCAGGCGGAGGAAAUAUACAGAGACACAGUAGUCCCUACAAUUGUCUCAGUAUUUCAGUGAAAUUCCAACAACGUCAGAAUUAGUAUUUCAUAAAGAUUCUAUGUUUAUGAAAUACUCCUUUUUCAGGGGUUAUGACCGUGCCGCUAAAAGUUGCUCAUUAUAGCUAAUAAACACCAUUCCCCUUUGCUAUUUUUAUGUUUCUAUUUGAUACAUAUAAUAGUGCAACCAGAGAAACACCCAAUUGUAAGGAUUACACUGCAUCUGACUGUUUAAGAAACAUGGAUUAUAAACCAUGGACUUUGAUGCAGCGCCAUCUACUGCUUAAAAUCUAUAUAUCCAUUGACACUAUGGUUUGCCUAUCGUAAGAAACUCGGACAGAAUGCCCUGGGAGUUGGAUUGUAUAUGUUUCCCUUGUGUGACUGUUAUAUAUUUUAUUGUAUUUCAUUGUUGCUUAUAUUUUGCACAAUAACUUAAGUAACUUAAAGGUUUACUGCAACCACUAUGGCCACUUCUGCAUUUAGAAGUAGUUAUGGUGGCAGUAAUCUGUAUGUGCAGCAUCUGUAAUGGAAACGCUGCACAUACAGAGAUAUUUGAACUUUUGUGCCCGGGGCUAGUCCAACCCCUGGCACACCUGACUUAGACAGCCUGGAGCUCUGUUCUGGGCUGCUUAAUGUCAAUUCUGUGCGAAAAUUAUGUCUGUUGUCAGCACCCACUGCGCUGACCACAGACCCUUGCAGACAACACUGGGAGCGCACCUGCAAGGGAAAGCUUCAUUGUUUACCCCCUCCCCACCUCCCUUAAUUUAGUAAAAUCAGCCCUUGGUACUCAAUCCGCCUACACCUCAGCCUCGUAUUAUAGGUGCUGUCAUAGAACGGCACAUUAGAAAAGGGAAAUAAAAGAAGAGGCCAAGAGUGGUGACGUAGUACAGCAGAAUAAGAGGGAGGAAAGAGAAUAAUAAGUAAAAGUACAGACAAGAGAAAGAGAGAGCGAAGGAAAGAUGUAUGUCCCCCACUGCAGAUGCGUAGCCACGCCCGUAGCCUUCCCCCACCAAAGUUUAUUCAUUUGGGUCAUACUCUAUUCUUUAAAUAUUUUAAACAAAAAACCUAAUGUUACAAAAAAAUUUAAUACUGACUGGUGACAUGUACAUUUUAAAAUGAGCAAGUCAUUUAAGCUAUAAAAUUCAAGCCAUAUAUUUAGUAAAAGUGAAAUUAAGUAUUCUGAUUGUCCCAUGCAUUUCCAUUGAUUAGAUGACUUGUAAUCUGUGUGUGUUACUUUGUAAUACAUAGACAUGAGAAUAAAAAAUAUUUUUGGUCUCUUACCCUUGUUCAAUGGAAAUAUCCAUCUUUAAAAAAAUCACUCCAGUCACCAUAACCACUGCAUCACUCUGUAGUUGUUAUGGUACCAUGAGUUCUCUGCUGCCCCCUCAAUGUAUGUAAUCAAACUGUUUAUUUGACUUCCUACCUAGGUCCUGACAGGCGCUGCUCCACACUUGUCUGCCACAAAGAGAAGUGGAAAAUCCUACCUAGGAGCUAUCCUUUUUCUAUUGAGCUAUCCUCUGCAGCACAGGGCUUACUGAUUGGCAGCAAGCAAUCAACUGCUGCUCACAGCCAAUUAUCUAAGCACUUUGCUGCUGUGUUUAGAUUAAAUGAAGAGAAUUUCCAGCACAAAUGAUAUGUGAAGCGAUGCUUGGCAGGUCGAAGGUUAAAGGGGCACUAUAGUCACCAGAACAACUACAUCUUAAUGUAGUUGUUCUGGUGAGUAUAAUAGCGCCGUUCAGGCAUUUUCAUGUAAAGACAGUGUUUACAUUGCCCCUAGGGACACCUCCAAGUGGCCACUCCUUAGGUGGCCACUGGAGGAGCUUCCUGCCUUAGGGCUGCACAGUAAGCAGCCCUGACGUUCAGCGUCCCCAGGCUCUGCAUGGAGACGCUGAAUUUUCCUCAUAGAGCUGCAUUGAUUCAAUGCAUCUCUAUGAGGAGGUCCUGAUUGGACAAAACUGCAUUUGGCCCCGCCCCCGUGCCAAUCUUAGCCAGUCCAAUGAUUUUCCUAUGGGAAAGCAUUGGAUUGGCUAAAAAUCAGCCAUUUUAAUGAUGUGAUAAUGGGGGCGGGGCUGGCGGACCCGCGCGGCACUGAAAAUAAGGUGAGUUUUAUACUUUUAUAGAAGGACUGGGGGGGGGGGCAAGCCACCUAUAAGUGCUAUAACUAUUUAACUAGACUUGUGUAAUGAACUUGCUUUCGUUGCUUUGUCCGAAUCAAAAUUCUUUUAAACUAAACCCAGACGAAUAAAGUCACCCAGUAUUUACCUGUGGAGUCAUAUUCAAUUAGGUAAGUGUAGUGUUAUUCAAUGAAUAAGACUCAACAGGUAAUUCCUGGGUAAAUCGAUUUCGUUCUGGUGUGGAUUCGAAGAUUUUGAUUUGGACGAACGAGCCAAAAUGGAUUUUGGAAGUCUAGAUUUCACGACUUACAAUGGGGAGGAGCCAGGGCAACACUGCUAUUAUAUCCACAAUGACAUGCUUUAGUGUUUAUGGUACUUGGAGUUUUCUUUUAAGUUCGUUUUGUCUGGAACUAUGCGGGUAAUCAAGCUCUAAUGUGCGUUUAUAAACCCUGAUGUCUUGCACGGAGUAUGUCUAAAAUUUACUCUUGGACUGUUUCAGACCAGUUGUGCAUCUAAUACGUAGGGGCUUAACUAAAACAAACCAUGAGGGGCAGUAAAGUGAGUUAUUAAUUCUAAUAUAUGCAUACACAUUUUAUGCUUUUAUGUCAGAAAUUUGACAUUGUGAAAGAAACUAAUGCUUGUUUGUUUGUUAAUUGUUUUGUUUGUAACUUUUUUUUUUUUUUAUUACUUCAGAGUGCAGCAACCCUAACUCCAUACCUGGGAAAGAGUGGGAAGAGUAUGUACAAAUCCGAAGCCUCGUGGACAGAAUCCGCAAAAAGCAGAAAGGUCUGUUGUCUCCAGCUUUGCAAUGUGCAUUUAUUCCAAAAGUUAUUUCCAAAUCACAGAACCCACUUUAGUUUCACUUUAGGAUAUACUCUUAUACUUUGUAUCAUUAUUUGUAACAAUUACAGUUACGAGUAUGUAAACACAUAAAGAUACAUUUUAACUAAACAAAUAAAAAGUCAUAUUUUAAGUGGGUUUUUUUUGUCUGUCUCCCCCCGGGGGGAUAUGAUAGAAACAUUUAAAUACGUAAAGGGAAUCCACACAGUAAAGGAGGAGACUAUAUUUAAAAGAAGAAAAACUACCACAACAAGAGGACAUAGUCUUAAAUUAGAGGGGCAAAGGUUUAAAAAUAAUAUCAGGAAGUAUUACUUUACUGAGAGGGUAGUGGAUGCAUGGAAUAGCCUUCCAGCUGAAGUGGUAGAGGUUAACACAGUAAAGGAGUUUAAGCAUGCGUGGGAUAGGCAUAAGGCUAUCCUAACUAUAAGAUAAGGCUAGGGACUAAAGAAAGUAUUUAGAAAAUUAGGCAUACUACAUGGGCCAAAUGGUUCUUAUCUGCCGUCACAUUCUAUGUUUCACCCUGAUAUUUAGUGUGUCCCCCACAAAAAGGGAUACUCCAACCACCAUGACCGCUUCUGCAUUUAGACGUGAUCAUGAUGAUAGUAGUCUGUAUAUGCAGUGUUCCUGCUUGAAACGCUGCAUGUACUGAGAGGAUUGCACCUUUGUGCCAGGGGCUGGUUGCACCCUUGUCACACAUGACUGGGAUAUCCUUCGACUCUGUUUCGAUAUGCCUAAUACCAAUCCUGUGCAAAAAUUAAAUCUGGCAUCAGCAUGCACUACACGCUGGUGACCGAUGUAAUGAGCUUCUCUAUCGCACGCAGCAUAACUGCACUUUCACACAUGCAUUUUAAGCCGUGUAGUGAUCCAAUCAAAUGCUUCUCGGACCAAGACCCAGUGAUGCGGAUAUAGAUGAGAAUAUCAGGAAGCACUUGGUCUCAGUGCUGGAUUUAAAGGGACACUAUAGUCAGUAAAACAGCUUUAGCUUAAUUAAGAUGUUUUGGUGUAUAGAUCAUGCCCCUACAGUCUGACUGCUCAAUUCGCUGCCAUUUAGAAGAUACAUUACUUUGUUUAUGCAGCACUAUUCACACCUUCCUGCAUGUGACUUACACAGCUUUCCUAAACACUUCCUGUAAAGUUAGAGCUAAUGAUUACAUUUCAUUUAAUGCAGAUUCUGUUUCAUUUAGAAUUCAUUUUGUUCUGCUCUGUUAAUAGCUUGCUAGAGCCUGCAAUAGCCUCUAGUAUGCAAAUAAAGUUCAAUUUACAGAGCAGGAGGUAAAACCUUUUAAAGUAAGUUAACAUCUAACAUUUUUUUUUUUCAUACAGUCUGUGUCUAUCACAGCCAGGGAAGGUGUGGCUAGGGCUGCAUAAACCGAAAAACAAAAGUAAUUUUAACUCCUAAAUGGCAGAGCAUUGAGUAGUGAAACUUCAGGUGCAUGAUAUAUACACCGACAUUGCUUAAUUAAGAUGAAGUUGUUUUGGUGACUAUAGUGUCUCUUUAAAGUAUGUUAUAUCCUGUAAUGUGUCAACAAGCCAAGUUUGUCAUGAUGGGAACAAUAUUAUCCCUUAAUUGCACCAGCAUAUAUGGGAAUUUGUUUCUUUCUGAACAGGAAACCUAAUAAAGAGUGAAUAUGGAAAACAAAUUGGGUUCCCCUCCAUAUCAUGGUCUCAACUAUAAAACCAGGCUUUUCUUUGUACAUCAGUGUUUGCCAAUCCUGUGUGCGGGACACAUGGGUAUACCUUCACUUUAAAAGCUAGUAACAUAGGCGGAGCCGACUGCCGCAGAGACUGGUCGCACAUUUCUAGAGCUCCUCUCCACGACAGCCAACAUCGAGCGAAAUAUUCAAACUAAUUGCACCCACAGUGUUUAAGGGGACCACCCUCGCCACCAAGACCCAGAUGGGACGCAGGAACAAAAAGCUCAGACCAGACAAGCCCAGUCCAGGGCUAACAAUUGGAGACCUAUGGCGGCCGGCGCACGGUACCACUGGGCCCAAGAUGGCUACCCUCACUGGAGGUUGCUCCGAGUUUUCGGAGGACGACUCACUAGGCGACGAAAUGGAAUACCCGCCGGCACCAGAGAGCCUCCUGCGGAGAUCACAGUACCCAGCAGAGCCUCCGGUGACUAAAUCCGACCUAAAAGAGAUGCUGGCCGAGCUCCAGAAAAAUCUCUCAGCGGACAUAGCCACAAUCCGCGGGGACCUGAGGGGCCUCACAGGCCGCAUCGGGAAACUCGAACUCACCACCACAGAGCACUCCCAACAAUUAUUGUCGCUCCAGCAAACAGUGCAGGAAUUACAACAUCAAAACCAGCUGUACGAACGCAGAUUUGCUGCCCAAGAGGACUCCCGGCGCCAAAACAACAUUAAAGUGCGUGGGGUGAAGGAGGAGAUACCAGACGCGGAGCUGCCGCAUUUUGUGAGGCGCCUGAUAGGGGCCCUACUGCAACCCCGACAGGCUAAAUCAGUGGUGAUAGAGGGCCAAUUCCGAGUACCCAAACCCAUCAGGGCCCCAAACAAUGCCCCCAGGGACCUGGUGGUCCGGUUUCAAAGCGGGUCAGACAAAACCGCUGUUCUAACGGCACUAAGAGGACACUCACCUUAUCAUUUUGAGAACAUGCCCCUCACAGUCUACGCCGACCUCUCGGGGAGCACCCUGGCAUGGCGGAAAACGCUCUGGCCACUGACCGCGCUCCUACAACAGAAAAAUGUCCGCUACCAGUGGAAGCUCUCCCGUACAUUGCUGGUGCACCAUGGAGUCACUCCACACGCCAUCCACAACCUCCAAGAGGCUGCCGGACUUCUUUCAGCCCUGGGGCUACCCCCAGAAGCCCUUACCCAAGACACACAACCUGAGCCGGCGCCCUCUGGCUGCUGGGACCCUGACAACAUUCACCCCUUUGUCCCACGACGGAUCGCCUCGAACUCUUAUGUAGCUGCGACCACCUGAACAGGAGCAGCCGACGAUCGAGACGCACAUGGACACCAACUCAGAUAAUAUAAUGUUAAUUUUUAUGUUUAUGAUUAUCACUGUCAAACCCAGUAUCAUCAGUUGCUUAUGAUAUACAUAGCCUGGUCCCCACUCUUUGGCAAAAUAACUUGUUUUUGGGUCCCGCCCCAGUUACCAGUAUAAGGUGUACCUCGACUAAGAGAUACACAUGAAGAGAACUGACACUGAUGCACACAAUAAACCCCCCUUCCCCCUUUUUUUUUUUUUUUUGUUCUUGUACUCCCCUGCAUAGAUAUAUUUUGGCCGGCUAAUCACAUGCCAUCCUACUUGUUUUCUCUGUUUAAUUAAUCUGAUUAUAGCCGGGCUCCCAGCGUACCUGCUAAAGUGGAAAUCUACAGUUAGCAGACGUCGUAUUUUUUAUUCACACGCUUACCAGAUGAUUAUACAAUAUAAUAUGUUGUUGUUUGGUUCUGUGUUAACUCUCCCUUAACAAGCUAUCUACUAAUUACCUGACCCAAACCCACUAUGCGACUCCCACAGCAGGUACAGACUGGUAACGAGCCAGGAGUUUUCAGAGUCAGGCGGUGAUACCCUACUCGAAUCUUUCCUUUGCCUCAGGCACCUAACGGGACAUGGCUACCGAUAGCAACGUAUGACAGGGUCAGGCCGGCUGCAUAUUCUCUAGGCCUCUUACACUCUAAACAAAAGCCGACAAGCCUAAUUAAAUCGGACCCUCUUUUAUAUGACCUAUUUUUCUGUUUUUCUAUUACGCCAUUUACUUAUUUUUCUUUCUUCCCUCUGCUCGGCUUGCUAUAUAUACUUAUGGUGUCUAAUGCAUGUUGAACCCACGUAUUCAUGGUAAUGCUUGACCUCAGCCUUCCAUUAAGUUAACCUAAGAGCAAGGCGAAAUGUAUGAGUAGCUAGUACCUAGGAAUGCUGUAACAGCGAGAGGUGCUAAUAUGUUGGGGUCAUAUCAAAUUAAGCAGGUCCUCCUGGCUGCCUACUCUGGGAUAAUUAGUUGAAUCCCUAAUAGCAACAGACUAACACUUCACUAUUCGAGGUGUAAAACUUAAGCAUGUAACUAAUGGUCCUUACCCUACAGUUCGUAUACGAAAUCCGCAAAUGCUCCUGCUAAUGCUUAGCCCUUUACGUUAUAGAACAGUUUGUAAUUGUUUGUUUCUCAUGUUAUGAAACUAUAAAAUUGUGCUAGCCAAUCACAUGCCAUAACAAAUCAAUGUUCAUGACAAGCCUGCAGUUGCUGUUGUAGCGCUGCAAGAUUCACUGUAUGUUCUUUACUAUGCACAAGAAAAAUAAAGAAUUUUUUAAAAAAAAGCUAGUAACAUAGCACAGGUUGCUAUUGGGGGAAGCUUUUGCCCACUUCAGGUAUCCAUCUUGUGUUCAGUGUGCCAGUAUGCUAAAUAGGUGGUAUUCACAAAUUUGUGGCGGUGGGAUGCAUGCAGUGUAAUGUAUAUCACAAGUGGAAUGCCGUAAUAGCGUGAUCCAGCAGGGGGCUGCAAGGUGGGCAGUUCUUGGCCCUGUGAGCAGCAAAUAGCUAUGCAAGCACUGGAUUCAAUGUGUUUGGCGGUGUGAAUCUGCUAGUAUUGUGAUCUCUGCUAGAAUUAUACUGUUGCUAAUACUAAGGAAGAAAUUAUUUAAAAUAAUGUUUUAAAAUUUCAUUUUUAGGUUUAUCUGUUAUAUUUGAUGGGAAAAGGGAAGAUUAUUUUUCUGAACUAUUAGAAUGGGCCUCUGAGAAUGGCGCAUCGACCGAUGGCUUUGAAUUAGCAGAGUUUCCAGAUGAAGGCUUCGGUUUGAAAGCUACCCGAGAAAUAAAGGUAUAUAAAGACUUCUAAUGUAAAGGCUGUGGUUUUGUAGACCGUAUUAUGUUGUCGUAAAAACCCUUUAUUUACUUACCUUAUCCCAGCGCCGAUGCUCCGCACCCCUCCGACAUCCAGUGAUGAGCAGGCGCUAAUGCGCAUGUGCGGCAAGUGCCGUGCGCGCAUUAGACCUCCCCAUAGAAAAGUAUUGAAUCAAUGCUUUCCUAUGGGGAAAAAUCUGAUGCUGGAUGUCCUCAUGCAGAGCCUGACACAGCUCAAGACAUGACCCCUGGGGCCCACCCCCGAAUCCGCCCACAGGUAUACAGUGUGUUUGUGUAUAGUUUGUAGCGGUGUAUAUUGAAUGCAAUGUGUUUGUUUCGCGAUGCAUUGUGUGUUUGCGUAGGCAUGUAGUGUGUAUAGAAUGAAUGCAGAGUGUGUUUGUGUAGUUGAGAUAGUGUGUAUAGUGAAUGCAGUUGUAUCUGUUUGUGUAGUGGAUGUAGUGUGUGUUUAUUUAGUGGAGAUAGAUAGAUAUAUGUAUGUGUGUGUGUGUGUAUAGUGAAUGCAGUGUGUGUUUGUGCAUAGUGAAUGCUAUGUGUGUAUGUUUGUGUAGUGGAGAUAAUUUGCAUAGUGAAUGCAGUGUGUGUGCUUGUGUAGGGGAUAUAGUGUGUAUAGUGAAUGCAGUGUUCGUGUAGUGUAUGUGGUGUGUAUAGUGAAUGCAGUGUGUGUGUAUAUAAUAAAUGCAUAGUGUUUGCGUAGUGGAGAUAUUGUUUGUGUAGUGGAUGUAAAAUAGGAGCUGCAGUAAGUGGGGAAAGGGGAGAGAACUUUUUUUUAUUAUUAUUUAUUUAUUUAUUUAUUUUUUACACACCUGUUAAACAUUUUAUUCCCCCUCCCUGCUUCUUAACUGUGGCCAGGGAUGGGGGAGAUCGCAUUCCCUGGUGGUCCAGUGGCCAGGUGCUGUUCACUGUAGUGGGGGCCCGCAGCACACUCCAGCUUCCCUUCCCAACAGCUCCUCUGUCUGUAAGUCUUUCGAGAGCGGCCUGCGUGAUGUUAAACUGCUCAAAAAUGGUUUACACUGGACAGCAUCUGGGGACCCCAGCUACUAUAACUAAUUCAGUGAGAUGUAAUGGUUCUAGUGCUUAGAAUGUACCUUUAUGUGGCAUAAACUUAACCUGUUUUUGUUGUUUUUUUUUUUUUUUUUUUGCUUUUUGCAGGCAGAAGAGUUGUUUCUUUGGGUUCCUAGAAAGUUGUUAAUGACUGUGGAAUCAGCUAAGAACUCAGUGCUGGGUGAGUGCCUGUGGCUAUACUAAAGGAGAAUUUGUUAAUUGUGUAUGCAACCUUUUGUUUGUUUGGCUGGAAAAAUUUUUUAAUGAAAAGGCUAAAAGAGGCUACUAGAAAAAUAUGGCCAUACAUUAAGGAGUACGGUAAUAUGGUACUAUAACACAUUAUUUGCUUAAUGGAAAAAUGUUUUUUCUAGUUAAACACUUUUUAGUAGAUAUACCCCCAAAUUAAAAAUGUUUUGGUUUUUUUUGGGGGGGGGGGAGGAGAGUAUGUGAAGAAACAGCUUGCAAAACUGCAGUUCUGCUGUUGUUUUUGUAAGCCCUCCCCUCUUUUUUAGACAUACUUUUCAUCUGUGCCGGGGAAUACACCUGUUAGUGGCUUCUUAUUGAGAAUUCUCUAUGUUGAAGCUUUGAGUACAGUUUCUUCCACUUCUGUUAGCUUAGUGGAGCUAACAGAAGUGGAAGAAACCCUCCCUGGCUGUCUCUAUCCUUGUUUCUUUCCCUAAUUCUAAAAGUGCAGAUUUCUAUUGAAAUUGUCUUUUAUAAUCGGUCACAAAUAUGACAGAUUCCAGAUAUGUAACGUUCUUCAGCAUGUUGAAGUGCUUUAAGUGUCUGGAGUGUUCCUUUAAUUGGUUCUUAUAUGGAAUAAAAUCUAAUCUGUCCAUAUAUAGGCAAUUUCACCAGGAAAAUGUGUAGCGGUAACUUCAGUUUUGCAUAAUAUUAAUUUUGCAUGUACUUUUAGGCUCCCUUCACUCACAAGACCGGAUUUUACAAGCCAUGGGCAAUAUCACUCUGGCAUUCCACCUGCUGUGUGAAAGAGCAGACCCCAACUCCUUCUGGCUUCCAUACAUCAAAACUCUCCCCAGCGAGUACGACACCCCCCUGUAUUUUGAGGAGGAUGAAAUCCAGUAUCUCCAGUCCACACAAGCCAUACUCGAUGUCUUCAGCCAGUAUAAGAAUACGGCUCGGCAGUAUGCCUAUUUCUAUAAAGUCAUUCAAGUAAGAUGGGGUGAUUUGUCAGACACAUUAUUCUGCUUGUGUUGUGUUCAAAUUCUAUAAAGAAUGACAGUAGCUAGAAUGCAAAGUGCAGAGUUUAUCUGUGGAAGUAGACAUUGAAUAUGACUUUCAUGAUGGUACUUCCAAAUGCCAUCUACUAAGUUUUGUCAACAUGCUAAUCAGAUCUAUCUAUCUAUCCUCCUUGGACAUAGACAGUGAGAAAUCAAUCAAUUGUCCCAGCUUAGCAUGAAAAUGAGCACAGAUCUUGGGGAAAUGUCCCGCUCUUUCUCACUCAUCAUGUCGUUAGCUAGUGGCGAAAGGAAGGGAGAGAACGCCAGUGCACCAGCACCGGUAAUCAAUUUUAUGAUACAUAACUGGAACACAUAUGUUGCGGAUACCAUAUGUUGCAGAGCCAUAGACCAGUCCACGGCUCUCUCCAUCCAGUCCAGGGGUAAAUUUAAAUUAAAGUUUUUUUUAAAAUUUUUUGUAAGUGGCGGCAAGUCAUUCAUCUUGCACUUCCUUUCCCCCCCGGGCUGAAUGCAAUGCAGUAGGCUUACAGGCUGGAGGGGCCAGACAGGCAGGAGGCGAGCCAGGCCAGAAGAAGCACUAUAGGGGAUCAGGGAGAAGAAUAUGUUGUAUCUGGCCUAGUGCUCCUUCAGCCUGCACCUUUUUUUUCCAGCGUAAAUUUCCGGGUGGCAUCUUGGUUUCCCUUCGCCACCCCAUCUGUCCCCAGGUCUCCGGAAUCCCCCAGUGGACUGUACAGUUUUGACCUUGUAUGUUGACAACUUACUUUCAUAGUUAUGGUCCCAAGUAUCCCCUGGCACUUUCUCAAAGAAAGUAGCCAAACCGUUUUGUUGUGUUUUUUUGGUUUUUUUUCCUUUUCUUUCAAGAUUUAUGAUCUCAGUCAUGAAGAGAAUAGAGUGUAAUAGGAUGAAUGUUAAGUAAACUACCUCUUUAACCCUUGAAGGGACAGGGCAGGGGGCCAUCUAAAUGUUGACUAGGACACUUUUAGGAAUACACAUUUCUAUUCAUAAUGCUAUAGUGUUCCUUUAACUUAUGCAAGGAACCUCAAGGUUGUCAUGGUGUUUUGAAUUUACCUUUAAAAAAUAUCCAUUGGGGCUUAUUCUCUUAUCAGUAUGAACUGUUAAAGGGACAUGUAACUGAGUGCCUGUACCCAGAGAGGUAUCUUCGUUGUAGACUCUCCCAGGUCCCUUAGUGAAGCCGUGAUUAUAGCUCCUGCAUACCUUAACAUUAUUUGAGACUUGAUGUAGGGUACAAAAACUGAUUUAUUUAGCCAGAAGUACACACAUUUAUACACAGUCCCCCAGCAUUGGGUCUUUAUUCAGAAACACCUAAGUCCGCCCAGGCGUCUCUGUGUCUGGGAGAAAAUUGAGUUGAUACUCAUUCAACUAAUUAUCUCCCGGAAACAGAGUGCAACACAGAAAUACCCCCCAAAGCAUCCAUUAACCAUUAAUGUAUCCUCACAUGUUUUAUAUGAAAAUAGCACUUGUAUCCAUGAAGAAUUGUCCAAACACCACACAGUCAAAGUUUCACCCGACCGCUACAACAACCUUGUCCGAAAAGCGUUCCACGCAGGGUCAAUCCUCGGUAAUUUACUGGGCAGGAUAUCUCCUUGAAAAAUCGGAGCUCCCUGGUGAUUCCAGGGAGCGAUUGUUAAAGCCUUGGGAUAGAAGCUUCCCUCCAAAAAGCGCCAUUCUGGGUCUUGAGGAAAGGGGAGAAAGGGAGGACACCUAAUGACCGGGAAAACCAGGGGUAAGCUGCUGGACUUCCAGAGUGAGUUAAGGUUGGUCCACUGAUAGUGCAUGGACACUCCAGCUCUCAGGGAAUAUCUUGAGGAUUAGAGAACAGGGCAGGGAGGUAGGAGCUUAGUGGAUCACAGUCUUUUAGGAUCGAGUUCAUCACAGAACACUAGUGUUCACAAUACAAACAUGUACUUCUAACUCUGUAGUCUCAAUAUCCCUGUUUAGGUCCCUCCUUCACGCCUAUGAGCGUUGGAAAGGUAAAUUUUACGUACCUUCCAGCCCUCCCAAUGCUGGUCUCCAUCCUGCUGCUCUGCCUCCUUGGCUAAGCUCAUCAAGCUUUAUUUCACAUAGGGAAACAUUGGCCAAUGAAAUCCUCUCUAAGAGAGUUAUUUAAUCAUGUGACCAAGUUUCACUCCGUUUUAGUAGCGGAAGCAUUUCUAGAGGCUGACUGCAAGACCACCACUUGAGGUUUGUUUAACCCUGCAAUAUAAACAUCGUAUUUCUGCAGAACUGCAUUGUUUUCCACUGCAGGGUUAAAAAUACGGGGCAAGUGCACCCAGACCAGUUCAUUGAGAGGAAAUGGUCUGGGUGCCUUUUAGUGGUCCUUUAAGGGAUCAUAUCUGAAUACAGCCUGUUUAUUCUCCAAAUGAAUGCAUUCUAUGUUUAUUUAAACUGCAUAUAAUAUGAUGUAGACAAUGUAUAGAUGUCCUUCAGAGUAAUCCCACUUUAUUACUUUAUUUUCCUUUUUUUUUUUUUUAUUACAAAACUAACUGUUUUGACCUCCCGGUUGCGUGUGCCUUGUAACAAAACAAUUUUAACUGACGAAGACCUGUUUGGCUAAAGGAGUUAGACCGUCCUGCUCCCGAGGCUGUGCUUGUGUAAACAUUUCCAGCUGGGCCUGUUCUGUGUCUCUGUGGCUUGCCCUUAAAUGGCUGUAAUCUGCUGGGACCGGACUAAGCAAAACCUCUGCUGUUUGGGAACUGCACGGACAGCACUGAUUUUAUGUUUCCCAGCUGCCGUUCCAAGCAAGGAGGCUGCAGCCCAACAUGAUGAGGAAAAGCAGGUGUGAGACACAGCUCUAAAAGGAAUUGCACACAGCGACUCUUAAACUCACCCCAAGACAAUUUAAGCACGGCAGUGGUAAUUAAUCAAUGGCGAUCAAAUAAUUAAACCUUAUGUCCAUUAGGGCUAACUUUGGAAUUACAGAUGAUACAUUACUCACAAAGCUCAACAAGCCUUUGCAUACAAAGUGAUCAGGUUAACUAUUAUUAUUAUUAUUAUUAUUAUUAUUAUUAUUUUUAGAAUUAUUGGCAUCUCAGUAUAGUCACCGCUGCCUUCAGGGGUUAACCAUUUCUGACCUAGUUAUUCUCAUACUAUAAAAUAUUACACUUUUUUGUUAUCAAUGAUGCAUGUAAAUAAUGAUUUGUAAAAUUAGGUAAAUUGGUUUAGAAAUUGACUGAUUAGGAAAUAUAACUGUGUUCUACCUGACUGCUUCCUGGAUGUGUUGUUCUACAAUCAUUAAUUAACCUCAUGCUACAGCCCAGGAAAACGUAUCUAUACAUCACUCUUAAAGAUUAACCUCGUGAUGACACCCCUGUGUACGCAAGUGGGUCGUGCGCUCACCAUGCCCUGUCCAAGUUUGACAGUACUACUUUAGACUACUAGGAGAAUUCUUAUUUUUUGUCUUAUGAUAUUUUGAUCGAUAUGAGAUUGACCGACAUUUUUUUUAAUGUUAUUCAUUUUUAAUUUCUUCUUAUAAAAAAAAAACUAAACAAAAAAUACUAUACAUAUUGUAUGUGGUUUUGCAUGUCUGUAGCUUACUUCCUUUUUCUUCACUGAAGUGUGUCCUAGCUUUGUUUGACGCCUUAUUCACUAAACCGUGAACAGUACUUUACUGAAAAACACUUAAAGCAAAAUAGUUGAGUUGGAAACGUUCUGGUCUAGUUGGGAUUAUAAUUCAAUGUUUAGUGAAUAAACCCCUUGUUGUUUCAUGAGCCGUUCAGUGAUGGUGACAACUGACACUCUCAAACUACUAGCCGGUGCUGCAUAGCCUGGCUUACCUUCAUGUGGCUAUCACAAGCUCCUUGCAGGAAGUUCCAGCUCUGGGAGAGGUGGAAACCAGUGCCCAUAGUCCUUUGACUACUUACCCCUGGAAAGGUGCGAGGGCACAACUGGGGCAAUAACCACUCCAGUCCUGCUUGGUAAUGUGCAUCCCGCUUCUGUAGUAGAUGAUCCCACCCGACAUUCAUUGCUGAGCACUCUCAGCCAAUGAAAGACCCUCUGUAGCCAGCCAAAAAAUAUUGCUGGAGUUACACCUCUGGCACCAUCAUUAAAUAUCUCUCUUCCUCUCCAAGCACCAUAACCACUUACAAACACUGAAGUGGUCAUGGUGCUUAGAGUAACCCUUUUUAAUAAUUUCCCAGGCAUAGCUGUCAAGCUCACAGCGAUGUGUUUUCCAAAUGUUUUGGAGCCUCUGUGUUUGUGGUUGGGUAUUGUGUAUUGUUGCAUUAGUCCAGGUGCAGAAGUGUGCACAAAGUUAUAUAGCACUAUAGAUCAAGUACAACAAAAAUGGGUUUCAGACUGCACCGUUAUGUCAACUGUGAUUCUGGGCAGUAAAACACUGCAAUAUCUUUAGAUAUCCAGGACAGAGAUUAUUAUUAUUAUUAUUAUUGCCAUUUAUAUAGUGCCAACAGAUUCCAUAGCGAUUUACAAUAUUAUAAGAGGGAGGAUAGGCAACCUUUGACACUCCAGAUGCUGUGGACUACAUCUGCCACAAUGCUCUUACAGCCACAAUGCAGGCAACAUCUUGAGUGCCAAAGUGGUCUGGGUGCUUUGACCCCGUAGUUUUAACACUGCAAUGUUAAAAAAAAAAUCAGCUUUGUAGAAACUGCAAUGUUUACAUUACAGGGUUAAACACUCUUCUUCCUGACAACAACCGAGUGAAACUCAGUCAUGUAACCCAGUGCGGCUCAUAAAAAAGCGUUGCAUGCGUACCACGGUCCUAAUCCUCUUUUAUGAGCAUCAUUGAAUUGGACCGUCGCUGAGAGAGUGGAAAAAAAAUAAAUUUUUCAAACUAAUUGUAUUGCAGUUGGGGACCGGGGCUCUAAUCUAAAAAGGGACUAGGGCACUAUACCGUUAUGGUGCUUGGAGUGACACUUUGAGGACCAUUGGACUUGUAAGAUUGUUCCCUUCUCUACCCGCCUUAGGCUGUGUUUCUGUGCCCGAUCUAUAAAGAAAAAAGGUCUUAGGGCCUCUUUAAAUUGUCCAACUCUUACAAGUUGUAGAAGUUAUCAGAAGCUUUACUGAAACUUGUUAAAUGGCUGCCAAGCCCUGAAAACAGAUAACUGAUGUCGGUAACAGUGUGUACCAUUUGCAUGGUAUUCAAUCAUGUCACCUCCUCAUACUUCUUCCAAAUGAUAGUCCUGUCUUCAAACAUCCAGUCAAUCCACGUGUGCAGCCAGGGGAAUAAACAACACUUCAUAGGCUGUUUCAUUUAUCAUUUUACUCUACUGGAGCCAGAUCUAAACAUUGAUGGAGUGCUUGUAAUGAUAUGCUUCUCACCUUGUCUCUGCUUAUCAAGGUGUUAAUUGAGUGGACAAUCUCCAAACACAAAGAUGGGGUAGUAUUUCUCUGUGUUCUUUCCAAGCCCCCAAACAGUCCGCUUUAAAUGCUACUUUGACCCAUUGUUUUAUUAUCUGCACGAUUAAGCAGAAUUCAUCCAUUAUUCACUCUGUAAGAAGCAGCUAAGGGGCUUUUUUAGUACUUUUUUUUAUUUUCAAUUGACUUUUUUUACUCUUUUGUAUGUUUAUUAUUGUAUGAAGAACAUGCAGACCCCAUGUACCUAAGGUAACAAACAAUAUUAAGUAAGAUAAAUCACAUGAGUAUUGAAAGGAAUAGGUAACUGGAAACUUUAUUAUAGUUCCUAACUUUUAAAUAGAUUAGUUUCGAGUUUCCUUUCUAACACAGAAACAAGAGCUGUAGGAAGACAUCUCAGGAUGUCUGCAAUAUUCCAGUGUAUAGGCUUAUUUUCUAUAGACCUUUAAUGGUUAAACUCAUAACUAAAAACACACUGGGUACCUUUACAGUCCUGGCCACUAACCAAACUAAUAGGCAUGGUAACAAUGCCAGAAAUCCAACAGGUAAUAAGCCACUCCUGCUUUUUCCAACCACUCGUAGAAUUUCGUAAUAUGAGUAUCCUCCACUAUCUCCUGGUGGUGCAUCCCUUGAAGAGGUUUGUCUUGUCAUGGAAUCUCCUCCUUUUCUACAUUCUUUUUCUGUUGUCUCAAUCAUUCUCAUGGCAAUCGUUGAUGAAUAGUGUCUGAUGUGCUGGAUUUCAGGUGGGUUCCUCCAUUCAUAGUUAGCUAUUUCCUGCUGUUGAUAUGCAUGAUGUCCAGCUUUUCUCUUGGCCUGGUUAUUUAUCCAGAUCGCUACCUGGUGAUGGGUAUGUAUUGAUGUUGUGGAUCUUGUUCUUGUCAUUGAGCUGGGACUUCAGGACCGGUUUAACUCUCUGAAGGUUGCAGUCUAAUGUUGCAGUCCUCCUUGCCUCUUACUCAUGAUUGCCGUUGAGUUUGUUGUAUUCCAAAGUACAUGUAAAUUAUCUCUACAACUCAUAUUUGUUAUUUUGACCAUCUUCCCUCCCUUUGCUAUCAUCUGCCCAGGCUCAUCUAGUCCGAAGAACAAUUCAAUAUCCUUGCUGUAUAGCUUAGUCAUGUGGAUCAGUGAAUCGAUUUUUUUUUUUUUUUUCUAAUUCUUUGCCUACCGCUUGAUAUCCUCUAUGCAGAGGAAGUGGAUGGUAGUAGCUCCACUCUUGAUUCCAUAUCCACUAUUCAUGAUGAUAUUGCUGAGGUGGUUGAGGCCUAUGCAGAAAUGCAUUGGGAAUAGAGCAUUACUUUGGUAUAUGCCACAUUUGAUGUUCAGUUGUAUAACUUUCCUGGAAGUGUUUUCUAGAGUUGUUCUCCACUUGCCCACAGAGUUUUUGAUGAAGGCUCUUAUUGUCUUGUAUAAACCAAGCAUUCUAGUAUCCAUGUGUGUGGAGUUGUCAUAGGCUUUCUUGUAGUCACUCCAGGCUGUGCACAGAUUGGUCUGUCUGGUCUUGGAAUCCUUGUGACUGCUUGGCUUACCAGCAGCUGGUGUUUCCAAUCUCCUCCUGAUUUUCUUUCUCCAGUAUUGACUUACAUGUCAUAUGCCCAUCGAUCUUUGAGGCUAUGAUGCUUGACAGGACCUUCCAUGUUGUUGAGAGACAGGUAAUUGUUUAGUAGUUGGAUGGUGGUGUUCCCUUGUGAGGGUCCUUCACGACUAGUAUUGUUCUGACUUAUGUUCGUAAGCCAGGGUGGAAGCCUUUUACUAGUAGCUGGUUCAUUUGUGCUGCAAGGCGUUCAUGCAGCAUUGUUCUUUUAAAAAAAAUUUUUUUAUCCAUGUGGAUCAUGCCUGGUUGUAUAUCUCCUAGUGCGAUGUUGACUGGUUCUUUAUAUGGAAGCAUUCAGUGAUCUCCUUUCUGAUCUAGUGGCCACCAGGCCUUGAUACUAUGUGAUGCUUUGCUCUCCCAAAGAUUCUUCCAGUACAGCUGAGUCUUGGUUCUGGGUGGUUCCAGGGUUUAUUCAUUGUUAAAUUACAGUUGUGUGUACACCUUGGAUGGUUCUUUGGUAAACAAUACAUUUAUUCUAUUAGUCUCUGCUUAUCUGGUGACAGUGCUGUGAACCUUUGCCUAGCUGUUUCCAGAACAUCUGCUAUUAGCAUACCCAUGUAUUUCCUCUGUAGCCAGGAUCCAUCCUUGAUCUUUCCUCCUCUGUGAAAGCAGAUCCAGUUUACUAACUUCCUUGCGUAUUGACUUUAUAUUGGCUUUCAGUCUGUUUCCAUGGUGAGCAGUGUUGUUUAUCUUUCAGCCUGACCAUGUAGUCAAGCUAUUGGAGGACCACAAUUGCUGUGCUAUAUUAUAUGUGUGUGUUAACCUCUGUGGUGGUGGUGUUGGUUGGGAUUGUAUAUAAUACCUCAUUAGUCACUACUAACAUAAGAUCUGGUGGUCAAAGCUUUUCAUUGAUAAUCUCUCUUGUAUGCCAUGCCAUCUGAUUAUAUUUUGGCAUAUAAGAAAGUUGGUUCUGUAAUGCCAUCUUCAGGCAAUGCUUCGCAGGUAUAGGUGUGGAUAUGAGUUUCUUCCACCUCAUUUCUUAUUUAUUUGCGAAGUUCAUGUAAUUCCAAUUGUGACAUUAGUUUCCUCCUAAAAAUGUUCAAAUGUUGUGUAACUAGCUGUUUUGGUGUCAUUGAUGGUUGCUUAUUCAUUCAUAGUUCCCACAUACGUUUCAUAUAGCUUCUUUCACCUGCUGUUGCAGUAGUAGUCAAACAGGUCUUGGUUCUACCUUUGUGUCCAGGAAUAGUUGGUGGGACAUCUAAGAUCUCUGCCAAGGAGAAUGCAGUUUCUAGGAACAGCUAAUGUAUUGUGCAGGACACAUGGGCUCCCAGGCCUCUGGUAGAGAACCCAAUUUUACCACCCAGUGAUGUGAGAGUCAAUGUAUUAUAUAUUUUGUGUGAUCUUUUGGGGGGCUUAAAGUUCAGCACGUUUUAAUGAACUUUGUUUAUGAAAAAUGCAAAUUUUGAUGCUGCUCUUUUUUAUAUAACAGUAUUUUUUUUCAGCAUAAUGUGUUGGAGAUAAAGGUUCUAAAAUUUCUAAGAUUGUAUUAUUCCAAAGUAAUAAACUAUUGUAGUAUUGACAGGCUGCAACAUUAAGUUGCUGAGCAAAGCAACAUUGUGUGCUCAGGGGUUAUUAAAUAUCUGUCAAUUAGAAGUACCAAGACUGUGAAUUAAUGUCACAAUAACACAUCACAAAUUCACACAAUGUGGCUUCUUCAACAGUAUUUAAUACUUGCUGCAGUGCCACAUUGCUAUGUGAAUCUAUUGACAUGUGAUCAGGAGAUAGAUAUAUAUAUAUUUGUUUUUUUUAUUGAUUAGAUAUAAUACUAAUUAAAUAAACCCCUUCUCCCCCCCCCACCCCCCAAUGCUAUAGUGCCCUAUAUGCAAGUUUCUCCCCCUCCCACCUGUUUAGAGAAAAAAAAAGUAUUCUCUACUUUACUAUGGGCUUCUGCAUCACGUGACCAAGUUUUACAAAACCUUGUAAACAUUGCCAUUUCUAAAAAAUUUUUUUUUUAAAAUUGCAGAGUUGAACCUCAAGGACCACUGCACUUCAUUGAGAUUAUUUUGUUAAUAAAGCACAAAACUAUCCUUUAUCUCAUGUUGCAUUUAACAGAGUGUAUAUAUGUGUGUGUGUGUGUGUGUAUGUAUGUGUGUGUAUAUAUAUAUAUAUAUAUGUGUGUGUGUGUGUGUGUGUGUGUGUGUGUGUAUAUAUGUAUGUGUAUAUAUAUAUGUAUAUAUGUGUGUGUGUAUAUAUAUAUAUAUAUAUAUAUAUAUAUAUAUAUAUAUAUAUAUAUAUAUAUAUAUGUGUAUAUAUAUAUAUAUAUAUAUAUAUAUAUAUAUAUAUGUAUAUAUAUAUAUAUAUAUAUAUAGUGGCACUCACCCUUUCAAUGAAUCAAUAAAAGACUGCCUUGGUGCAAUCCCACGCUGGAUAUGUAAAGCAAAAAGGAAAGAGAUGCACUCUCAGGUUUUUGUAGAAAAAAAAACUCGAUAUUAUUUAAUAACAGGUAACAUAUAUCUGAUCGACGUUUCGACCGCUUCAGGUCUUCCUCAAGAUCUGACCUGAGAGUGCAUCUCUUUCCUUUUUGAUAUAUAUAUAUAUAUAUAUAUACCAUUAUUAUUAUCUGUAUUUAUAUAGUUCCAACAUAUUCCGCAGAGCGCACCUCCCUCUCUCUCUCUCUUUCUCUCUCUAAAGAGAGAUAAAGAUAUAUCCGUUCUUAUAGGACGCUGCUAUUGAGAGUGUUUGUGGAUUUUGUAACCAAAAUUAAAUUUCAUUUCAAUGUUAGCAGAUUAGGUAUUGUAGAUAAUGUUGUAUUUAUUUUAACACUCAUUAAAUGAUUAAUAACGGUUAGUCUUAAUGAUUUCUUGUUCUGAUUAUUUAUCGAAAACUUUUGAUCUACCUAUGCCUUGACCAUUUACAACCAAUCAAUUCCUGUUUGCUGGUAAACCCCGUCCAUUUGCAUGUAGCUUCUCUCUUUCCCUGUCUGUCCCCACCUACUUCCAUAACUUUAAUGUUAUUGUAAAAACAAGAUGGCUGCCUACAAGAUCCACCAUAUUUGUAUUUAUUUAGACUGUCUAUUACCAAAAGCACUGACAGAAGUCAAUAUAUUGUGCCAUAUGUAUCUAAGAGAGGGUAUUUUCCCUUUAAGCGGGUGAACAGCAAAUUGUCCUUCGCACUGCCUGCAGGAAAACUGCAGUGCGGCCCACCUCCCUUUAGGUAGGGAGAUACUUGCAUCACAGCUUUCUGUCUAAGAUCCUUUGCCCUUCUAGUGCAGCUCCUUGAAUCGUGUCUCUUCCUGUUUACAACAUGUAAACACAUCCAUUUAAUAUACCGAUUAAGGAGAAGCGGGGGAGCCAGUCUCUUUGUGCAGCAGACUACCAAUGUUUACCAAAUUACUUUCCAAUGUUGUAGAGGUGCUCUCAUUUAAUAAAAAAUGGAUUUAUCGUCUCAUAAACCUUUCAGCUGCGGUUCCCCAACCCAGUCUUGAGAUGUUACUUAAGUGCAUCUGGCGACAGCACAAGUAAUAAAACAACAAACUAUAUAAAAUCCCCAUUAACCCUCUGCCUGCCGGUAUGUUUUGCAGAGCACUGCUUCGCCCAUCUGGCAGGGGAAAGGUUAACACAAUUGACUGUUGAAAUCUGGUUUAGCGGAAUUACAAAAUAUGAACUCUGCAUUAAUCUUAGUAGCACGUUUGCCUUUUUUAUUUUGUUUUUAAAGGUUGUAAUAUUUUUAGAACCUAAAAUAUGUAGAGACAAUUAAUAUAUGACAGCUUGUCAAGGUAAAUGGGUGGGAUUGGGGAGGGGAAUAAUAUAAUAAAAAUCCUCCACAUCUCUGUUAGGUUUGGUACAUACUGUGUAAGGUAACAGAAUUUUUGUUUGGCUUUAUUGUUUGUGUGUGUGUGUGUCUGUGUGUCUCUCUCUGUCUCUGACCUAUUUGUAUAUCAGUUCAUAUUACCAGUGGAUGAACUAUUUUGUCAUACCCGUUAAAUAAUCUUAAUUGGCAUUUUAAAACACAUGUUGGCCUCUACUAAGUUUACACCCAUAUAGGAAAGAAACAUGAGCAUUACAUGUCUAUAUAAAGACAAGAACUGAAAUGGUUCUGUGCAAAAGCAAACAAACAAGCAAGCUCUUGCAGAUUAUUUUACUUGUUUUUGGACUGGGCUGUUUCAUUAUUUAUUAUUUUAUUAGACAUUGUUUGCUUAUAUUUCUCCCACCCUGUGCAAGUUCUCUAUCCCCUAUGUGUGGGUUCCCGGACCCCAAUAGGUGAAUUUUGUUAGUGUGAGGAGUUUGACUGCUGGUAGCCAAGGUUGCCUUUGGCCAAUAAUUAGUUUGUUCAAUUCUUUAUAAAAUAAAUGCUUAGAUUCCAACAAUAAAAAAUGUUAGUGCUCUGUUUAUUACCCCUCAGUGCUGUCCCCCUUUCUAGGAGCCCCAUAUAUUUCUUUCUGAUUGAAUAGAACCCUCUGGAUCAUUGCUUUGAAAUGCUAUGCAGAUCUCUGGCACUUAACUGGUUAACCAAGAUGUGAUUUUAAUUGAAAAGAUGAUCUUCACCCGGGAGUAUCAUUACAUCCCCUAUAAGGCACCCAUGCUGACCUCCUGUAUAUAAAGAUGCAUAUGUAAUCAGAGCGGUUUUGAUUAUUUUAUUUCUUGACAUUUAUUAUUUAUAAAGUGUCUUUACUCCCCCAGCAGUAAGCAAUGAUCACUGUUAUUUUGAGUACAGUAUCGCCCUUAGCAUGUUAUGCCACUAGAGGGCACUAGACUCCAACAAAUAAUUAUUUUGGUGGUUUUUUUUUCCAUUUCUUCUUCCUUUGCUUCUAUGCUUUCCAAACACAGUGCGUGUGUGAGCAAGAUAAUAAUGUAAUGUAUAUAACUGCGUUGUGUUGGUUAACUUUGGCACCCCAGAAUUUUGUGGACUAAAUUUCCAGAGAUGCUCACGCUGCCUUGGACCGUUUUGAAAAUGUAGCCAUGUCAAAUUUUAGUUUCCAAACCUUACAGAUAUUUAAGUAAUAUAAUUGCAGAUGUUUUAGAUCGUAUCUAAAUGCAUGAUCUAUAAUGCUCCUUAUUGCUCCUUGACAGAUUUAUCGGUCAUGAUUAUGGCACGGAGGAGGGUUUUAGUGCUAAACUUGAAAAGUCUGGAAUUGUAUUUAUUUAUUUUUUAUGGUUUUUGAGAGUGAUUUAUGGCUCAUUUUUCUUUUUACUGCCUGUGUUUAAAGCAGCAUUAGCCACUUACCUUAGAUGACCAAUUUCAACUUUUAAAGGAGGGGGUACAUUUAGCAGUACUUAAUUUAACGGGGCUAAUUUAGUCAAUUUAAAGACAUUCAAUGAAUUGUCAAGACCUUUUGUAAAAUAAAGUACCCGAUAAGCUCUGGCACCAUUAGGCUCCUUUUGAUGGAUUUAUGAGACUCGAGGGGUUCGUGGAGUAAUGCAGUCCUGGUAGAUCAGCAAGGGUUAAAUUCUCUCUAGAGAUUGCUUUAACCUUACCUUCAUUGUCCGACAAUUGCCUAUAAAACCGGAGUAUGAUCUGUUGAGUAAAAGUACCGGUACAUGGUGCAUAUACAAGUUGUUCUAAAUGCUGAUUAUAAGCUCCCAAUUAAUAGACAAGUCUCUUAAGAUGAUGCUGUAUCUUUUUAGCCCACCUAGCCUCUGUUCAAUCUUUUAUUUCUUCGUUUAGCUUUCUCUCUCUCGAUCUCUCUCUCUUUUGCCUAGUCUUGCUUACCUUGUCUUUUUCACUUUAGCACUCUUUCUUAUUUUUUUAUUUUUUUAAUCGUUGUCCCUUGAUCCCCAAUAAUAAAAACAGAUUAUAAUACCUAUGUUUAAAUAAACUCACGGGUUAAAUAAAGCCUACUCAAUCCUUUUAUUAUUUGAACGCUGAGUGAAACUGCUACCAACGAGGGGGGCGGGGGUGAUGGGUCUCUCUGUCUCUUGUCUCUAGUGAACCCAUACAAAAAACAGCAGCCAAUGUAUAUCAUUGAAAACAAAAUGUAUAUCCUGCCACAUAUGUCAGUCCUGUUCUGAUCCUUUAAUUAUAAAGCAUAAGGCAUGAAUUCAGAACAUCGUGAUGGUGUUACAACAACUGGGGGUCUACUCCUGGUGAAACGUAUCCUCCAGUCCUAUCUGUGAAUCUCCAUCCUUUUUCUGUUUUCACAGCAUGGGAAGGAAAUGGUUAUGGGAUGAGUGUUGGAGUGGGGGCUGGGGGUCUCCCACCCAAUUGGCAGCAUGUCCGUGUAUAAUUUUCCUCAGAUUGUGCACCGAGCUUGAGCUUUUGUUUUCUAAUUGAUUUAGAGUUUGAGCCACUUUUACCUCAUCCCCUACUGUCCUGCAGACAGUGCCAGGGAGUACAUUACGAGAGCGAUGAUGAAUUGCUUGCUCUCUACAUGCUAAUGCACCCGAGUGAAGCUCCGUGCUGCACAGGGCUUCAUUAACUGCGGUGGGAGCUUCCCAGCACAUCCACCAGAUCUAUUUAUUUCUUUAUUUAUUGUGUAAAGCGUGACGGGAUUGCUAGAUUACAUUGUGCAAAAAUACAUGAAUGAAAAGACAUUGUUUAAAGUUCCCAAAUAGCCUUUAUCAAAUCAACAUUAAAACAAACCAAGUUAUUGUUGCCCUUUGGUACUCCAGCUGGAGUGGACUGCGUCACCAGUGAUCAUCAGUGAAAAGAUGGUCCUCAAGAACUAGAGCAGUGAAGAAUAGCAGUCCUUGCCGACAUGUCUUGCCAAAAGGGUUAAAGAAUAGCUGUCCGGUUUAAUAAUAAAGUUACAUUCUGAUAUCUUAGGUGCCUUCUGGAAAGGCAUUUAUGCAGGCAUGUCAUGCAAAUGUAUUUUCCCUAUAAUCCUCUUCUGGGGGAAAACAUAAAUUGUAUCAGUUGCAAUGUCAUGCUCGUAUUUUGAGCCUUUGCAUCAUUUAUCCCCCAGUUUGUCCUUAAUAGUCACUCCUCUCAAAAUGUCUUGCAUCGAUCUGUGGAAAUCAAGGGAUCCCGCACUGUCAAACUUGUAAAAAAUGAAACCUGUUUGCAUUAAACGCACUUUGUGUCGUUUCACAAGAUAUUUCUGACAUCAUGGUGUAGUUUUAUUAAUUUUAAUGUGUGUAUGUGUGUGUAUAUAUAUAUAUAUAUAUAUAUAUAUAUAUAUAUAUAUAUAUAUAUAUAUAUAUAUAUAUAUAUAUAAUGUAUGUAUGUAUGUAUGUAUAAGAUGUAAUAGCCAUUUUGCUAAAUACAUACAAUAAAAGGAAGAUCAUCCUUGUGUGCUAAAUUCAAAAAUACUUUUACCAAUCUUAUAUGUAACAGUUCCUCUUUUAGUGCUACUCUCAAAAAAUAUAUGAUUUGACCAUUUUUUUUUAAAGCUCACAACUCUCUGACCAAUCAACUAAUUACUAACAAAAUACAUUUUUUUUUUUUUUUUUUUUUACAUUCUGCCAAAUUAUCUGUAAAGUUGAAGACCCAGAGAGAAUAUGCCAAAUUAGAACGGCUAACGCAGCACCUGCAAAAUGCCAGGGGCAAUCUUAAUGAUCCCAACCAAUCGUUUACUAAAGCAUGGUGGGGGAGGGGGGGGGAGAGAAAAAUUUACAGUCCGUGAAAAGUGUACAAGGAAACCAUUUUGUUUAGAAAAAGCAAGGUUGGCUUCCUAAUUAAUUCCAGACGUGUAUAAAUGAUGGCUGCUCCUUUGUCCACCUUAUAUUGUUAACUUUGCGCUGUCUGUGGGUUCCAGUCUUAGAAUAUGAAGACGCAGAUUAAUGGCAGCUGCUGGCCACCACAAAUUAAGUUGACAGUGAUGUAUGAGAACAUAAUAGCACGAUGAUCCCAGCGUAACGUUUUCUGGGCGCCUCCUGCUUUAUUUGGCCCUCGUUAGGAGCUGUUCCGAAGCUAAAUUAUGAAAUUUGUGCUGACUGCUUUUUGAUGUUCCCUCUCUCGCUCACUUUCUCUUCUGUUUCCUUUCCAAAACCUCAGACCCAUCCAAAUGCCAGCAAGCUGCCGUUGAAGGAUGCCUUUACUUUUGAUGACUACAGGUUGGUCUUUUUUUUAUGGUAGCUUGGAAAAGCAUGUGAAAGUUCUAGAGAAAUUGGACACCACCAUGGUGGUUAUUAGCCUGUAUGUAAUAUCUCCAACUAGUGAUGACUAGUCGACCUCUAUAAGAGAGAGAGUGAAGGGCCACAUUUUUCAAGAUCUUUAGCUGGCUGAGCACCUUGAGAAAUUUAUUCCACAACCACUAGAGUGCCAAAGGUUACCAAUGGCCAAUGCAUUUUUGUACUUUAGAACAUGUCUGAUUUUAUUUUGAUCAAAUAUGAAUAAAGGUUGCCUUGAAGCGUUAAAGAGUCUGAUGUUUAUAACUAGGAAUUCACAAACAUCUUUUGACCAAAUGUAUAAAAAUUGGCUGGUGGCAAUUUUUUAGUUGUAGAGAAUGUUUUCCAUAUAAACCAUGUAACAAUUUAGUGUACUGGCAUUUAACCAGUUACGGCAGUGUUUCGUUUUUGUUCUGGUCACUUUUUCUUUAUUCAUAUUUUGCCUCCUGGUUGCAGAUGGGCAGUUUCUUCAGUCAUGACGAGACAGAAUCAGAUUCCAACUGAGGAUGGAACUCAUGUAACCCUUGCUUUAAUCCCACUCUGGGAUAUGUGCAAUCAUACCAAUGGUUUGGUAAGUGUAAUGUUUUUAUAACUUGGAGGGUAUGCUGUUUGUGUGUGUGCGUGCGUGCGUGCUUGUGUGCUCUCUGUUCAGUACACACCUCCAUUCCUCACUGCUAACCAUUCUACCCAGAGGGAGGUCCAGUAAUCCACUGUCCUAUUUAAGAUUAAUACAAAUGCAUUUUAUAAAUAACAUCCCAUGUUUGUAUUGUCCUAGCCCCAUCUCUAGCUAAUGUAAAGGUAAGAUGACAUCAUCUCACAAUAUUCAUGGCUGAAUCUCAUAAUGACGUGGGUGCAGUCUCAUGCACAGAAAUCUGAGAAGAGCCUUGGGCUGAGUACAUAUAAUAUAAUUGCCUCUAAAGCUUAGUUUAGAUCAGAAUAUAAUGUAAUCCAUAUAUUUGCUGGCUAAUUUGUUACCACAAUGCAGAGGUUAUGUUUUGUAAUUUGUCUGAAGGUGAGACGGUCAUCCACAUGUUUCCUGAUAGCUGUUCCAAUUGUACAAUCAGUAUGUAGGGAUCAGCGGUAUUGCCAUGUAAAUAGUACCCCUCAGGUAGUCUGUACGCAUAGGGUUAACUUUCAAAGAUCUCGGCUGAAGACUGACUAUGCAUUGUGGGAGUUGUGGUCCACAUUCCUGCUGAUGGAUAGAACUGAAAGACUGCAAAUUUUCGCAACCUUUAUAUUCAAGUCAAAGUCAGGAAAGUCUAAAAGCCCACACUGACCACUGCUUACCCUGUUUUGAGUGUUAAAAGGUAUUUUAACCCUGCGGCAUUCAGAGGGUUAACGCACAGGGAGCGGUCUUUCAGUUGCAAAGGAACGCAUGCUACAGAGUGACUUCUUUGUGUUAAUUACAAGUCGCAAGGCUGGCCUUCACAUACACCACAUGCCGUCCCCAGGGCCUCCGUUUGAAGAAGUGAAAAAAAAUCUAUUUUUAUCCUCUUAAUCUUUUCAGUAUAAAGUAUAAUAUGUAUAUAUUUAGCUACUCACAGCCAGCAGGGAAGAGAAUGAAGCCGCCCACCUGAUCACACCACAUGGUCACCUGAUGGGCUUUUAAAUUGGCAUUUCACACCAUUCAGUGUGUACCGGCCCGCUCUGCGUAAAGGAGCUUGAAAAGCAGAGAUAUGUGGACAUUUGUUAUUUAUGUAUAUAUUUAUAUUUACAUAUCUGCCAUGUACAUGCUAUAAUUAUGAACUUACAUUAUGCAGCUCUGUUACCCGAGGGAGCAUAAUGAAAACACCAUCAAUAUAUGUAUAUUCAUAGAUCUCCAACAUAUUGCUGAACACUGGAAAAUUCUAGAACUCUCUUACUUAGACUUAAACUUUCCAAUUGCAUUUAGCAGUUUUGUGCAUAAGCCCCUAGGUGAGCGGGACCCCUCUCAGAGCAGCUUACACUCUGUGCAAGGAGUAAGUUAGGAUCAACGGAAGUCCACGAAUAGUAGGUGGGCCAUGAUGACCCACCUCACAAGAGCUUGCAUUCUAAUAUUAUUUAGAAUAUCAUUUUUGACAGUUGUUUUAAUUGUUUGUUUGUUUGUUUAUCUUGGGAGGGUGUGGUAAAAUAUAUUGCAUUGCCUUUUAUUUCUUAAAUUUGGACAGUGGAAUAUUUUUUUUUAGAUAAAAUCCAAUCAGGCACUUUGACACAAAUAGCAUCUGCUUAUUUACGUGUCUGUCAAACAUGUCAGGGUUGAACAAACAAGAAUCCGUACCUGGAACAUUUUUUAUUUAACUCUUAGCAGAUGUGCAAUGUGGCAAAUGUGUAAUAUGUUAAAAUAAUCGCGUGCCUUUCAUGUGGCUACCUGCUGUCCUCCUUUUGUUUACCUUCUAAAGGUGUUAAUAUAGAGCCAAUAAAAUGUUAUUUUUUUUGCGUGGAAAUUUUGCAUCGAUAAAAAAAAAAUCAAUUUUUAACAAAUGUAAUACUAUUAACUAAAACAUUUUUAAAGGGACACAGCUUGUAGUGUUUAUGAAUCAAAGAGUCUCUGGGUUCCAUUACUGUGUGUUACAAGGAUCCUGAGCAGCAAAAAAGGAAUAACUGGGAUCUAUAGCGAAUUCCAAAUAUUUUGGAAGUUUACAUUUUCUCAUUGGACACCAUAGGCUGUGGAGGUGGAAAGGAAGUUUACAUUUUCUCAUUGGACGCCAUAGGCUGUGGAGGUGGAAAGGAAGUUUACAUUUUCUCAUUGGACGCCAUAGGCUGUGGAGGUGGAAAGGAAGUUUACAUUUUCUCAUUGGACGCCAUAUGCUGUGGAGGUGGAAAGGAAGUUUACAUUUUCUCAUUGGACGCCAUAGGCUGUGGAGGUGGAAAGGAAGUUUACAUUUUCUCAUUGGACGCCAUAGGCUGUGGAGGUGGAAAGGAAGUUUACAUUUUCUCAUUGGACGCCAUAGGCUGUGGAGGUGGAAAGGAAGUUUACAUUUUCUCAUUGGACGCCAUAGGCUGUGGAGGUGGAAAGGAAGUUUACAUUUUCUCAUUGGACGCCAUAGGCUGUGGAGGUGGAAAGGAAGUUUACAUUUUCUCAUUGGACGCCAUAGGCUGUGGAGGUGGAAAGGAAGUUUACAUUUUCUCAUUGGACGCCAUAGGCUGUGGAGGUGGAAAGGAAGUUUACAUUUUCUCAUUGGACGCCAUAGGCUGUGGAGGGUGGAAAGGAAGUUUACAUUUUCUCAUUGGACGUCAUAGGCUGAGGAGGUGGACUUUGGGUAUAGUGAAGUCUACCAGAAAUGGUCUAGUUGUCAAACCACUUAAAUGGAGACACUGCAGUCAUCACUUCCCAGCACCAAAACCGAUACACUGAGUUGUCCACCAACCUAUCACCUUAAUGUGCAAAUAUAAUAAACUUUUUUUUUUUUUUUGGCUCAGUCUGGCCUUUGGCAAGCAAAAGCAAAACCCCACUAAUGUUAAGAUGAACUAUUUGGCAAAACAUGUUUUUUAUUAUUUUCUGUUUACAGCAUAAACCGUUCGUUCCCCCAUGUAUUUUAUAUUAUUGUUUUGUAUUUUUUUUGGUCACCUUCCGACACCUCUGUUCUGUCCAGCAUUGUACUAUUCACUUUUCAGAUAAACGUGUUGUGCAUCCAACGACAACAGGAAAGCAGGUGUUGAAUAGGAUACAGUUUAGCUGCACAGAGUUUGAGAUACUUGUUAUCCCCGAUAGGUUUUAUAAAAUAUUCAUUCCUAAACCUGUCACGUCAGGUGGAGCAGAGCCGUUCGUUGAAUGAUUUUCAUUAAUGUUUCAUGCCAUCUAAAGAGACAAACUUGCUUCAGGUAAAAUACUAUCUAAUGAGUUGAAAUCUUUAUUCAUUAUCUUUUUCCCCACUCUCUUCUCGGUUAGAUAACUACUGGUUACAAUUUAGAAGAUGACCGAUGUGAGUGUGUAGCAUUGCAGGACUUUAAGGCUGAGGAGCAGGUAAGAGAAAGUCUUUAAGCAGCUUUUGCAAGUCCAAACACAUACUGAGAAUGUAUUGCUCAAGGGCACAUGGUAUUUCUGUAUGGGAUAUGUAUAAUUAAUUAUUUUCUAAUAGAACUUACAGGACAAUUGUACACAGCAUAAAAAAAAAAAAAGUUUGGUAACAAACGCAGACUCUGCACCAAAUACUCUUUGAGCUUAUGAAAGGCAUGCAAAAAUGCUCACCAUUUAUUAUAUUCAUUUUCUUCCACCCACAUAAGUUAGGAUCCACCUGUGCUGCUUAAAACCGAUUAAAUCUGCCAUUGCCUCUUAAAGCUGACCUUUCAUACAUAGGUUAACAUAAACGUAGUUUUUAGUUGCGUUGCAUAGAUACAACUGUGUCAAUUAAAAAAAUAAUAAUAAUAAAGUUUGUCAUUUGCGAUGUGUCCGUGUGCUGAGCUUCUCUGCGCUAGAAAGUUAAAUAUGGCCAUAGUGAGGAUGAAUUAGAGUGGUUGCUCACACAGCCACCUGCCUUGUAAUGAUGGACACCAUACAUUGUGCAAUUCCAUUAGCAUAUCUUGGAGGUGGAGAGCUGUAGAUGCACACAUUUCUAUUGGAGGAUAUUGAGGUGAUCUUCUGAUAACUAUGUUCUGCACAUACUACCAAAGCAGACUGACAUCAUUAUGUUUUGCUAAUUACCAUUUUCCUUUAAAUUCUCAUCCAUUCUCUACAAUUGGAGGGGACAGGGUAUUUAAUGCAACCUCUCUGUGUUUCCCAUAAUUCCUCUGGGACCAUCUAAAAUAAACUCCUCGUUGAUCCUUUCCUCCCAAAAUUCACAAAACACAGGAAUAGGCAGAAUUAUAGGUAAAGUAGGUAAAUUUGAGGAGAGUGUAUUUUGUUUUGAGAACAUAAAUGGUUUAAACAUUCAGUAAUGAUAACCUGUUUCAGUCAGCAGAGGUAUGGUGACUUUCUGAGCACCUCUUACUAGAGAAAAAUAGAAGAACGGUCCAGGCACUCCAGGACACAAAAAGGCAAAUUUAUUGAAUGGCAGUGUGUUCAAUAAAUUUGCCUUUUUGUAUCCUGGAGGGCCUGGACCGUUCUAUUUUUUUCUACUAAGUAUUUCGUCCCUAGUACUGGGACUGGCCUUUAUAAAAAAAUAAAACUAUCUAUUGGAGGCUAUUGGUAGUAAACUUACAAAGCCAAAAUAAUUCAAACGCAGACUUUUGACCAUUUCUGCAGUAAUCCACUAUAUUAUAUGCACAACAGUUAUUUCAGUUGACUUGGCUUGCUACACUAAUUCCCUUAUUGGGAAUCUUUAAUGGAUACUUAGGACAUAUGUUGCUGGGUCCUAGUGUUCCUUGAUUUGUGUUCCUGGGGAGUUCUAUUUAUCCAUUUCUAUUGCAGACCUUUUUUAUUAUUUUUUUUUCUCCCAACAGACAUGUGGGAUUUAUGAUAGAGCAACUUCAUUAUUUUUAAUAUUGUGCGAUUAGUUAUUAUAUUUUAAUAUCAUGCUCCUUUGUCCAAAUAAUUAAGGAUAUUCUAUAUGGUAAAGACACAAAUUUGAAAAUGUUGGCUCUAUAAGACACCGUAAUGUAUUUGAAAUAAUGCGAUUGAAUGUCUGUUUUAAUUUUAUUAUAUUUACAUACAAAUUGGGUCAAUGGUAUAGGCAUUGCAGCACUAAAUAUAUAUAGCCCCUCUUUUUCAAGGGACAAAAGUAAUUGAGAAAAUUACCCGAGAAGUUGUUUUAUGGCCAGGUGUGGCCAUUAACAGUGAAGAAGUUGAUUCCAAAUAAUUGUCAAAGAGCUGUUAAUGUAAGUAAAGCAGCACAUCAUUUGGCUUAAAAAAAUAAAAAUAAACCCAGAGCUGGGCCACUUGUGUUUAUUGAUGAUAUGACUGCCGACAGAAGCCGCUGCAUGGGUUCUGAAGUGUGCAGGGCUAUACUGCCUGCUCAGAUGCAACCAAAUGCUGCAAAACUGAUAGGACGUGCUUUACGGUGCAGUUGGGCAGUGGGCCAAAAUAUGCUGUGAAAGCAACCAAAGAAGUGGAAACAUUUUUCAAUGGCUGAGUCAGUCACCUGACCUCAACCCAACUGAACAUGCCUUUCACUUGCUGAAGACAAAACUGAAGGCAGACAGAUCUAUUAACACACAGCAGCUCAAGACAACUAUAGUAAAGACUGUUAAGGCAUUAUUAGGGAGAAACCCAGCAUUCAGUGAUAUCUAUGGAUUCCAGAUGUCAGGAAGCUAUUGACUGCAAAGGAUUUUCAACCAACUAUUAAUAAUGAUCAUUUUAUUUAUGAUCGUUUUGUCCAAUUACUUUUCAAACCCCCCUGAAAAUGGAGGAAUUCUAUAUAAACCCUUUGAAUUAAGGCUUACUGUAUACGUCAGUCACAUCUUCUGCUUUAUCUCAAAUCCAUAGGGUUGGCAUAUAGCAGGGCUGUCCAACCUGUGGCUCCCUAGAUGUUGCUGAACUGCAACUCCCAUGAUUCCCUGGCUCUCUGUUUCAUAGAAAGGAUCAUGCUUCCCUCUGGCGGGGGGGGGGAGGUUGGACAGGCCUGGCAUAGAGAACCAACAUUAUCAACAUUGUGCCAUUGUCUGUUUACUUAUGAAAGUAACUGUAUGCCCAUUUUGCAGUGUAAUGAAAUGUAAGAAUAUUUGUUGUUGGGCAUUGAAUAGAUUUCUUUAGUCACCCAUGUGCUACGUGUUUACAGCUGAUGUGUUUUUCAUCCACGACAUGACCUUCAUUCCCCCUGACAGGCUCCCAGGGCAAACCAUCUACGGAAUAAAAAGCCAGACCGGUAAUACUUAGAGCAGCUCAAUCAUUUUUAUAGGGUGGGAGGCUGUUGCUUGUUAUUCUGCUAUCAUUAUUAGAUAAACAUUCCGCAGCGACUUUUAUUUUCUUUCCAAAGGACACAAAAAAAGGCCUCUCUUUGGUGGAAGACUUUAGCCCCUUUUGAUACUGUUGUUUAUUGAAUGUCAGUUUUGGAACGCAUCACUGAUUCCUCUUUCCUCCACAGAUUUACAUAUUUUACGGCACCCGGUCAAAUGCUGAAUUUGUGAUCCACAAUGGCUUCUUCUUCGAAAACAAUUCACACGACCGAGUGAAAAUAAAGCUGGGUGUCAGUAAAAGCGACCGGUUGUAUGCAAUGAAGGCUGAAGUCCUAGCCAGAGCCGGCAUACCAACGUAAGUGGCAUGUACAGAGCCAUUUUUGUAAUUUGACCAAGAGUGAGAUUUUUUUUUGAUUUUUUUUUGAUUUUUUUUUAAUGGACAUUUAACAUGUGAAUUAAUCUCUGUGAAGAGACCAGUUUUCUUAAAGCAAAAGUGUCACUUGUAAGGUCACACCCAGGGUGAUAUGUUAACCUGCAUGGUGGCAUUCACUUGAAGAGGGGGCAACAAGUACACAUGCCUGAAGCUCUUCCUCUUCAGGGCCAACAUCUACCAUUUUUACUUCAUCUCUGGGAGAUGAGGCUGACAGAAGCUGUGUUGUUGGUAUACUAUGAACUCAUAGGCAAUGAUACGUUUUUAAACUUUCCUGCUGUAUGAAACUAAUGUAGUAGAUUGGGGGAAAUGUUUAGUUUAUGGGGGGAGGUUAAUUUUUAAUAGGACAGUUGCCUGGUGGCAUGCCCCUUUUUACCAGUCCGUUAUCGGGGAAAACAUGGGGAAAAAACGAGCCCAGUAAUGAACUGUGCAUCCACAAAGAGAGUCGACCUGACUAUAUGCUAACAGCUAGCAGCUAUGGUACAGUGCUGUCAGUUCAGAGUAUUUCCAGACAUCGUAUGUGAUAAUUGUGACGGUAUAUGGCAUAAGAGACUCUUCCUGCUUAGGGAACAGUUAUCCUACAGCUGCAACAGUGCAUUGAAGGAGGUCAUUUCCUCCUGUAGUUUCCCUUAAACAUGCAGUGCUGCACCCCAAAAUUUACCUUUCUUUCCAUGGAAAGACUGUGAUUGGCAGAGAAACUGUAGACACUUUGAAGUUACAGUAGAUAUGUCUGGAGGAGCCUGGGGGUUGUUUUUAGGCAUGUGACUUGCACACAUACCACCAGUUUAAAGGAAUCUGGAAGAGGUGAAUUGCAUAACAAUUUUUAUAUGUAUUGUCUGAGAUUAAACGGACACUACGCGCACCGGUCAUACUCUGUGUACCAACAUAACUUAAAGGGACACUAUAGUCACCAGCUUAAUGUAAUUGUUCUGGUGAGUAUAAUCAUUGCCUUCAAUCAUUUUAAUGCAAACACUGCCUUUUCACAGAAAAGGCAGUGUUUACAUUGCCCCCUAGGGCAUGGCUUGACAAAUUUGCUUUGAAUCUAGGAACCAGCUAAUAAAAAAGGAGCCAGAUUUUAAAAUACAAUUCUUAAAGAGAAGCUAUAGUCACCAAGACCACUACAGCUUAAUGUAGUGGUUCUGGUGUCUAUAGCCUGUCCCUGCAAGCAUUUCAUUGUAAACACUGAUUUUUCAGAGAAAAUGCAGUGUUUACAUUGCUUCCUAGUGACCCCCCCCUAGUGACUGUCACUCAGAUGGUAAGUAGAGGUGCUUCCUGUGUCAGUGUUGCACAGUUUGCAGCACCUACAUUCAGCGUCUCUGGCUGCAGCGUUUUGCAGCCAAUCGUAUGGCAAAACAAUGGAUUGGCUGAGCUCAUCAAGCUUGAUAAUCUCAGCCAUAGAGGCAGGGCCAGUCGAGGGGAGACCAGCACGGAAAAAAAGGUGAGUAAAAACCCCAUUCCCUUGCGAACGGAAGGGGGGGUCUGGUCACCUAUCACACACAUCAUGACAGAUAGACACACACAUACCGUGACACACACUCACACUGACAAACUCAUGCGCACACACAGACCUACAGACACACUCACACACACACUCACACACACACACACACACACACCAAGACAAUCAGAAACACACACACUCUCACUGUGCCAGCUCCCUCACCGCCCGCCUUCUAUUUGCGUAGCCACAACCACCAAGCAUGCCGCCUGCCUCCAUAAUCCGCCAGCCACCGCCGCCCGCUCUCAUUGGAGGUAAGGUGCUCGUAUAUACCAGGCGCAAUGGCGACCUGGCGGCUGGGAUUUUUCAAGUUCUGCCCUAGGGACACCUCCAAGUGGCCACUCCUCAGAUGGCCACUGUAGGUGCUUUCUGGCGCAGUGCUGCACAGUAGGCAGCACUGCCGUUCAGCGUCUCCACGCUCUGCAUGAAGACGCUGAAUUUUCCUCAGAGAUUCGUUGAUUCAAUGCAUCUCUAUGAGGAGGUGCUGAUUGGCUAAAAAGGUGUUUGGCCUCACCCCUUGCCGAUUUAAGUAAAAUCGGCAAUUCUGAUGUCACCAAGGAGGCGGAUUGGGGCGGGGCCAGCGUCGGCGGACCAGCGUGGCCCUAGAAAUAAGGUAAGUUUUCACCUUUUUUAAGGGGGUGCAAGCCACCUAAACUAUGUAUUAAACACUACAGGGUCAGGAAUACUUGUGUGUGUUUGUGUUCCUGACCCAAUAGUGUUCCAUUAAGUGCAGAAGUGAACUGGUCCACCACUCGCCAGCCUCUGCUCCCUACCUCCUCUCCGCUGCCAAGACAGCCAGAAUCUUCAAUUUAGGUUCUUCCAUUAGUUCUACUAAGCUGAUUGCUCUUGGCCAAUGUCCUAGUAAAAACAAAGAGAACGUUACCUGCGCUCUGGCCUAAAUCCCUAUGUACAUUGAAACAAAAUGGAGGCUCUUUAGUUUUAUUCCAAUGGCCAUUUGAAUAUAAGCUCACCUGCCACGUCAAGGCAAGCCUCAAUAGGGGAGUCCUACACUAGCCAUUAUCAGCCAAGAAACUCCAGUGAGACAGUAAGGGGUAUUUUAUAAACCCUUUCACAUUUAACCCUUUAUAGGGCUUCUACACAUACAAUAAUCUUUGCUGGUAUCAGACAAAGUGUAAACAUCUCUAAUGAGACAUGAAGGGGGGUUUUAUAAACCCCUACAUACUUAACCUUGAAUAGGGCUAUAACACAUACAAAUCACCUUGCUGGUGCCAGCUAAAGGCAAAUUUCACAUCUUUUUCUGUACCUAAAAUAUGUCACAACGCUGCAGAAUAGGUUGAUGCUUUAUAAAUGCCUGCCUGUUCCAUCAUCCUAUUUUGUUGUCUGUUUUCAGCUCCAGUGUAUUUGCUCUUCACAUCACAGAACCUCCAAUUUCUGCCCAAAUGCUGGCUUUCCUUCGAGUUUUCUGCAUGAGUGAGGGUAAGGACUAUAACAAAAAAAACUGGACUUUGCCCACUUUAGUCAGAAGCACUACUUACAAUAAAAACGUUCCAAGGCCUGUAACCUGAGUGCAUUUUUGAGAAGCCCUGUAUUUGCAGAUAUUGCUAUGAUUGCACACUAGCUCUUACUUGCCCAUUUAUUUGCUUGAAUAAGCUAUGCUUCCGAUCAGAGGAUUUAAAGAUGGCUUCCUUCGUAGAGCAAGAGUAAACCAGGAGAUGCACAAAAUCGUAAUUUACUUAUUGUAUGCAUUGCAACAGAAUACACACACAUGGUAUAUUACAUGUAAUCUUUAAAUAACAAAAAGUCAGUGGAAACUGUUGUAUCAAGUUUGCUAAAUGGUUUUGAGUCAGCUGGCUAGAUCUGUAAUUUCUCCCUCCUCCCCACAAUCUUUAAAAUACUGUGUCCUGAACCUCACAGCAUUUAAUUCAGAAUAAAAAUGUGCUUAAAUAGUUCUUUUUAGUGGUAGAUUUUGCUUGGUAUAUAGAAGUACCACUCGUCACAUUUAUAGAGUGUGUUCUACAGGUACUUCUAUACUGUAUGGAUCCUCAUAAAAUACACUCCUAUGGACCCAGAAAUUCAAAUCAGGAGUCUGCAGAUAUAAUCUGCAUUGUUCUGCACAAAUGGAAAUAUCUGCGGUAACUGUAAAUUGUUUUCUUGGGAUUUGAAGUCUGCCUUCUAAUGAUCUUCACUUGGGUGUUUUUACAGAUGAACUGAAAGACCAUCUGAUAGGAGAACGCGCCAUUGAUAAAAUCUUUACCCUUGGGAAUUCCGAGUUUCCAGUGAGCUGGGACAAUGAGAUUAAACUAUGGACAUUCCUUGAAGCCAGAGCUUUGCUUCUAUUAAAGACCUAUAAAACCACCAUAGAAGUGAGUCUUCUUCUACCCCAAGCCUUUAUUUCAUACUUGAUAAAAAUCUGUUGUGCCGCUGUUUUGUCUUCUUUAUAAUAAAGAUUACAUUCUCUCAAUCUGUAUCUUUCUCACUCUCUGUCCUUUUCCCUUUCCUGAUUUUCUCUUCAGUUGUGUGUCUCUUGCGUUGUGUGUGUUCCUUUCUGCCCUUCUCUUUCUUACUCUCAUUCUACGUAUCUGUAAAUAUAUAUUUUGCUUCCUCUUUCUGCCUGUAUUUCUUUUUAUAUCUCUCCCUCUGUGUGAAAUAAUUGUUGUGGUUACAUGUCCAUGACUGGUAAGCUUUACUCCAACAAUUGUUGCUUACACGUCCACAACCUCCAACUAUUGUUGCUUGACUACUAUUACAAGUAUGAUCUGAAAAGUGUAAAAGAAAAAUGAAUUUUCUGAAUUCUAAAAUUGAAGCAGUGAGAAGGGACUACCUUUUGGAUUCCAUGGUGGUGGCUCUUAAAACGUUGCUCAAAAUUGGUCUUUUUACUGUAACCCCAUUUUUUUUAACCUAAUAUGUGGGUGGUAACUCUGCAUCCAGUGAGAAGUUCAACAAGGUUAGCCGAGAGAUGCAUUGUGAUUGAUUGGUAUUAAACCCUACAUAAAAUUAAGUUUACACAAUUUAAGCAUAGACAUAAAACUUUACAUAUUUAGUAGCGAUUUGGAGGAAACCAUUUUAAUACAUCCUUAAUCAAAAUGGUCUCCAAACACAGUAACUGCUACAGGUUAUUUUAGUGGCUAUGGUGGAAGUAUUUUGACAAAAAAAAGUGUUUUCCAGCACCCAAAGCCUGGUUGUUUUGCCUUGGACAGCAUAAUAAGUAAAUUUGGCCUCCUAAUUUAUGAAGAAGUCUUUUCACGGUUGUCAGAAAUUAAAAUGGUAUUUCAUGUCUUGACCAAGAUAGUCUAACUGAAAACUUAGCUGAAAUGAAACAAAUUUUUCAAUUCAGCAAUUUUUUUGCCUCAAAUGUAAAGUUCACUUGGAGUGCCUGACAAUUCACAUUGUGGUAAAUUACGAUAAGUAGCUUUCAUGGCACACGGAAGAUUAUCAGCAGUGGGACUCAUUUGAAUCCUGCUUUCCUAAUAAUUUGGACAAAUGAGGUUAUGCUGUUUAGCGUGUCCCAUUCAUAUAAUGUGUAUUAUAAAAUUGGCCAAGUGUUGCACCUUUUAUAAUCUCCUAAUUAUUAUUUCCAGGACGAUAAACAUAUUUUGGAGCAAGAAGACCUGUCCUUUCAUGCAGCAAUGGCUGUUAAGCUAUGCCUUGUGGAAAAGGAGAUAUUGGAAAAGGCCGUAAAAAGUGCAUCUAAUAAUCGGAGGUUGUACAGUAAGAAUUUGGAGGAUAACGUUCCACUUCCAAAAUAUGAGGAGAGCAACAUUGCUUUUCUAGAAAACAAUGUGGUGGAUUCUAAACUUCCCAUGGUGCUGAGAAAUCUAGAGGACGGUGGUGCGGGAGAUCAAGAAGAGGAGCUAAAAAUAUAUGACGUCUUCACCGUCUCUUCAGUCAAUGAGAAUGGCUAUAUGAACAGAAAGCACUCUCUGUCUAAUGGGACCAAGUCUGAAAUUGAGAAUGUCCCUGGAGAAAAAGACAGCAGUGUAACAGAGAACACCAAAGACCUUCUGUCUGAAAACACUGAAGAGGCAAAAGUGCAAUUGUAGCUAUCUGGACUUUACAAAGAGAAUAAAACUGGCAGAAGUUCAUGAUAUGUUCUAGCGUUGGCGUAUUUCUCUGUUAACAUUUCUGCGGAAAGAAAUUAUUGCUGCUUUUUUUUUUUUUUUUUUCUUAUUAAUUUAAAAAGUGUAGCAUUUGUCGUUAUAGAGUAUUGGCUGACAUAGUGGAAAUAUGAAAUUUAAAAUAUCCCCAUCUCCAGUUUCUGUUUUCUAUUUAUUUAGGUAUUUUAUUUGUUUCUAAUCUAAGAUUUUCAAAUUUUUUUUUUUUUUACUAUUCCUCACGUAUGUUUGUGAAGGUGACGGACUAUACAGUUCAAAUGUGAUUUACAAAACAAACCUACUUCUUUUCUUUUUUUUUCUUUUUUUAAUAGUAGUAUUUUAUUUCUUUAGACGUUUUAAAAAUUUUAUUUGAAAGAAAAAAAUAGUAUUGCUUAUUAGAAACGGAGACAGAGGUUGUUGGUUUAAUUUAAUAUAUAUGUUUAUGUACAUAUAUAAAUAUUUUAAGGCAGUCUCUAGACACAAUCAGUUAAUUGACAUUCGGAGGCAUACGGGUCCACACAAUAGCUUUAGCCAGUUCAGUAUUGGAGGGCUUAGUAAUGUUUUGCAAAGAUCCUUCCGAGAUGUAAAGGCGGUCAGAUAUUCUCAGAAAGGUUGCUUCUCAAUUCUUCAGGUUUACACAAUGGCAAGAUCUUUUCAAAGCUACACCUUUUUUUUUUUCCUGAAAUCAUAAUUAAAAGAAACAUGAAUUAUGUCUUUUGUCUUCUUGUUCCUUAUUCUUUUUCCUUUUCUUAUUUUG